UCUACGACUGCGGAUUGGAAUCGCGGAGCGCCCUGAACGCCUGAAUCGGCGGACAUAAUGUGAUAAAGCCGCCUGCCCACCAGGCAAUGAAAAAAAACCCAACCAAACCCCAAAACUCAAUCCAAUUUGAAUGUUUGUUGGUCGGGGAGUAGUGAGAAUUUGAAGAGUGUGUGCACAAAUCCGAAAUUUCUUACCUAACCCAGCCCCGUGAGAUAAUCUCAGGCUGGUCUCGACUUUAUAUUGUCUCGCAAUAAAACCCCGAAAAGCCGAAAGCUUCAGUGUCAAAUAUAAUCAAAGGGAAGAAGCGUGUUUCUGCGUUUAAACAAAUUCUAGUUUAAUUACGUGCCGAAAAAUAAACUGAAGGCCGUUCAGGGGUUGUUCAAAAAAGGAAAAUUCGGCAAAGGCCUGGUGAAAAGUGUGUGUGUGUGUGCGGUGCGUGAGAAAAAUCAAUUCUGCAUUUGGGUGGAAAACACGGGCGUGGAAAUCGGGCGUGCGAGAGGACAAAGGACGAACCGAACGGCAAACCCAUAACCGAUGACCAUUUGGCUUAGCAAAGGACAACUAGAAAAACCGAUGCUAUCAUGGCUGAUAGCGGAGAUCCAGGAUCCAAGCCAGGGGAUCCAACAAUCAUAGAUGCCGGCGGAGGAGCAGAAGGUGGGCGUGGAGGUGGCGGCGAUGACGUACCGCCUAUCCCAGCUGUUCGGCGGCGUCGUGCGCAUGAGCAGAAGUCCUCGAGAGAACACGUGGAGGAGGAGGUGCAGGACCAACAGCUGGAGACCUCCACGGUGACGCGUACAUAUAUGAAAACCAUCACCACGUCCCUGACCACGUCGAGCAGCUCCAACCGUGAGGAGUUUGUGGUGGAGUCGCCCUCCCCCAACCAGCAGAGACUGCGCCAGAAGGUGGCCCAGUACGAAAAGGUAUGGUCCGAUGGUUCGAGUCCUUCCAAGCGACCCGCCGAGCAGAGCUCUGAUGAGUUGCGUCUGGGUGACGACCAGGAGGACUACGAUGCCGAGAAUCCUUUCGAGAUUGAUGUCCACGAAAUCGAGCGUCGGCUGCGACAGGAGAGGCAGCGGGGCCUGGCCGAGGCGGAGGCAGCCAAGCUGGCCUUCCAGCAAGUCCAGCUGCGGCAUACGACUCCGCCGCGACGUGUGGAAGUCACCAGCGAGCAGGUGGCCAGCCCGUUUAACGUCACUCUCCGCACCACGAGCCGGAUGAGUCCUGGCGCCGAGCAGGGCAACGUGGAGGAGCAAUUGUCGCCGUUUAAUGUGACCCUGAGAACCACUCGCAGGACCAAGAAAAAGGACAUUAAGGAGGUGGAGCGCUUUCUUGAGGGCGAGAGAACUGUGAGAGAGGUGCCCGCAGCCGACGGAGUAAGGACCAUCAUCACGUCCUCAAUGACCAGCGAUGGGGGCUAUGCCGAGGAGAAGAUCUACCGCCACGGCGAGGGCUAUGUCUCACCCAGAGAUUCGCCAUCCUGGUCCCGGUCCAGCUACUCCAGCGAGCGAUCCAGUGUGACUCCUCCGCGGAGUGUGGAUCUGACUGCCGGCGGCCGAAGAAUUCUCAUCAAGCUGGAACAGGAAUCGGAACUGACCGAGGCAGACUACUAUCAGAGAGACGAGACCGACUCGUUUGGUCGCCAGGAGAUCCCCAUGGCAACCGGCAACAUUGACAUUACCGUGGGCGGUGGUAGCAACCCCCGCCGGCGUUUGUACCAACAAACAACUGUCCAGGUGGGUGGCAACGCCACCGCAGAGUCGACGCCGCAAAGGCCCAGGCCCAAAGAACUGGCGCUGGGCACCACCACGAAGACCCUGCUAACAUCCACGCCGAUUGGCACGAAGGAGCAACCGCAAACCGGCACUCUGGUUAGUCCAGCUGCAACGUGCCAAUUGAGCGGUUCUUCGUCGGAAGAGUCACGGAAAAUUGUAAGCCACAGAACGAUAACCAGCACCACGACCAGAUCCACUUCAUCCUCAUCCUCGACGUCGCGCAAACUAAUCGAAACGUCGCCGGGCGCCGGGAAUAUCUCGCAGAUACGAAUUGAAAAUAUCGCCGCGGCUGACAACGAAAACGAAACCGGCAUCGAUAACGAUUCAGAUACUGAGGGUCGACCCGCUAGCAGUAUAGUGAUUGUGUCCACACCCACGCGACCCACAACCCCGGCCUCCGCAUCCGCAUCCGCUACCUCAUCCGUAUCCGCAUCCGCACCGGUAUCCGCGUCGCCUAGCACUCCGCACUCCGCAUCAGCUGCCCACGCCCUCAGUGGCAUCGGCACUUUCAGCAAGAGUCUGCGCCAGGAUUAUCAGACUCUGGCAACGCAAAGUGGCCGCAGCAACGAAUCCCCCAGUGACCAGGAAUACCACGAAUUCCAGUCCACCAUGGCGUCGAUCAACUUCGCACGCAGCAAUUCCCAGUACGACAGCCAUAUCAAGGAGAAACGAGAGGAGCAAGAACGUGUGCAGAAGAAGACAUUCACUAAUUGGAUUAAUUCAUACCUAUCGAAGCGAGUUCCACCACUUCGUAUCGAUGAUUUAAUCAAUGACUUGCGCGACGGAACAAAACUAAUUGCAUUGCUCGAAGUCCUGUCUGGGGAACGCCUGCCCGUGGAGAAGGGCCGCGUCCUGAGACGUCCACAUUUCCUCAGCAAUGCCAAUACGGCCCUGCAAUUUCUGGCCAGCAAACGGAUCAAGUUGGUCAAUAUUAAUCCCGCAGAUCUGGUGGAUGGGAGACCACCAGUUGUGCUGGGCUUGAUAUGGACGAUCAUCUUGUACUUCCAGAUCGAGGAGAACAGCCGCAACCUAGAAUAUUUGGGUCAUGGUAUUGGCGGUUCGGUGAGUUCCCUCGACAGCGUUGGCAAUCAAAAGCACGGCGACCUUAAGGCUGAGAAGUGGAAGCAGGGUGCCCGAAAGACCCUGCUCAACUGGGUGACCAAUGCUUUGCCAAAAGACAGUGGUGUGGAGGUGAAAGAUUUCGGCGCCAGCUGGAGAGACGGCGUCGCUUUCCUCGCACUUAUCGAUGCCAUCAAGGCAAACCUGGUCAACUUGGCUGAGUUGAAGAAGACCAGCAACCGUCAGCGUUUGGAGACUGCUUUCGAUGUGGCCGAAAGCAAGCUGGGCAUUGCCAAGCUCCUGGACGCUGAGGAUGUGGACGUACCCAAGCCAGACGAGAAGAGUAUCAUGACAUAUGUGGCACAAUUCUUGCACAAGUACCCUGAACCAAAGGGUGCUUCACGCGAUCAGUCUCACGUGCAGCAAGAGCUGGACGAGCUGCGCCGCUUCCUGGUGGAGAAGACCACCGAGUACGAGCCCAUGGUCAUGAUGAGUUCGUUCCCGCGUGACUUUGGUGAAUAUCUUCUGGCCCGUUCCGAGGUCGAUGCCCACUUGCCGGCGUAUAACCGUCUGAAGCAGCUGAUUGAGAGCCAGAGCGGAUUCCUGCAGGUCUCUCGUCAGUCGUGGGAGGAGAUAAACGAGCUGUGGCAGCGCCUCCAGUACCAGAUGAUGUACUGGCUCUGGCUACUGGAUUCCGAGCUGCCCGGGGACUUUGGCACCGUUGGAAAAUGGCUGGCCGAAGCCGAGAAACUUUUGCUGGACAAUGAGAUACCCAAUGCUAUGAAUGAGGAGACGGCUGCCGUGAUUAGCAGGAAACUGGAGGAGCACAAGCUCUUCUUCGCCGAUCUGCCUCGUAUUUUGGCCAUGUUCGACAAUGCCAAGCGAUCGCCCUUGGCCCAACAGGUGCCACUGGAGCAGCUUCGCAACAUGGAGCGCCGCCUGCAAGAGGUUGGACCCAAAGCAGCGGAGCGCAGGAUUCGGCUUAAGUUCUUGGAGCACAAGUGCUGCCUGAUUGCGUUCCUCAAUCUGGUCGAGAACAAGAUGCGCGGCUGGACUGGCAAAUACGGACACGAAGAAAAGGUGGCCCAGCAAUUGGAACAGUACCGGAACUUUGUGUCGCGCAACAAGAUCUUCCAGGAGUUCCAAAAGGCAUUCGUCGACAUGCAACAGGUGGUGGAGGAGUACAAACGCGAGGGCAAUGUUCCUCGCAAGGACAUUAACGACAUUGACCGCUUCAUGUACGAAACGGAGGAGCGCUGGAAGCGCGUCUCCAUGGAAUUGAAGUGCUGCCAGAACUCCCUCGAGGAGGUGGUGAACUGCUGGAGAAACUGGAACCAGUUGGCUCCCACAUGCGAGGAGUGGCUGCUGCUGGCCGAGCAGAAGCUGAACCAGAGCGAGGAUGAGCGCCUGGAGUUUUUCCAGGACAUACCCGCUUGGAAGGACAAAUUCGAUGCCCUUGCUAACUCGGCCAACUAUUUGAUUGCCUCCUGCGAGGAGCCCAUUGCCCAGCAGCUGCGCCAACGACACGGAGCCCUCGCCGAGCGUUUCGAGCGUCUGUUUGCCAACACCAAGCAGUACAUGCAUGCCGGAGACAUCAUCCGAUCCCGCCAGGAAUACAAGUCGGGCAUCGAGCAGCUGUCGAGGUGGCUGCGAGGCGCUGAAAGUAUUUUGGAUCAGCGACAGGUACUUGGCAACAGCGACCAGAUCAAAGAGUAUGGUCUGCAGCUGCAGAAACUGGCCAGCGAGAUUGAUGACAACGAGGAACUGUUCAAGACCAUCAGCCGGAACUUCCAGUCCCUCAUCCAGGAUCUGUCACGUGACGAAGUCGACAAGAUGAUGAAGCUGCUUAAGCAGGAGAAGGAAUCCCUCGUGCGCAUUCGCGCUCAGUUGCCGGCCAAGUUGCAUCUGUUCCAUCAACUACAGAUUCAGCAGGAAUCGUUGGAGGCGGGACAGAAGGAGAUCCACCAAUGGUUGAGUGAGGCUGAGCAGCUUCUAGCAACGCACAACCUUUCCGGAGGACGAGAUGCCAUCAAUGAGCAGCUGCACAAGCACAAGACCUACUUCUCACGAACUGUCUACUAUCGGUCCAUGCUGGAGAGCAAGAACAAGGUGUUCCAGAAUCUCCUCAAGGCAGUGGCAGCCGAUGAUAAGAUCGACACGGCUCCAGCUUCGCAACAGAUGCAGCAGCUGAACGAUCGCUUCAACUAUGUGAUCCAGAGCGCCCAGCAAUGGGAGCAGCGUUUGGACUCCGCAGCCGGAGGAUGGAGCAACUUCAAGGACAAUGAACGUGUCGUCAGCGAGUGGCUCACCCGGGCCGAAACCAUGCUGGUGGAGAAGCACAUCGAGUCGAAGACCACCAUCGAAACGCAGAAGUACUUCUUCGAGCAAGUCAACGAUCGUUGGAUGAACGACCUUGUAACAUCGGCCCAGCAACUGCUGACCACGUUGCCCGCCCAGGAGCAACCUGCGGUUGUCCAGAGCGUGGAGCAGCUGCAGUCCCGCUGGAAGAACGUUCUGUCCCAAGCACCUCUGCAUCUGCUGAAGCUGGAGUUCAGACUGGACGAGAACGCCUUCUAUCAGUCCCUGAAGGAUGUGGAGAAGGAGCUGCAACUGGAGCAGCAGGCCCUCAACCGGAACGAGGAUGUAGACUCGAUUCUGCAGCGCAACCAGCAGUUCCUGAUGCAACAGGACGCUGUUCCCCGCCUGGAGCGUUGCCUGCAAAACAUGCAACGUUUGGCCCACGCCCACAGACAGCAACAGCCCGGCGACAUCAGUCUGGACCAGGCUUACGAUAACGCCAAGUCCCAGUGGGAGCUGCUGUCCAACAAGCUGGGUGACAUGCGCCAGACUCUUCAGCAGAUCCCAGCCCAAUGGCAGGGCUAUCAUUUGAAGUUCAACGAGAUGGUCCAAUGGAUGAACGGCGUGGAUCAGAGCCUGAAGAACAUCGUGAAUGAAGUAAACACCAUGGAGGAAUUCGAGAAGGAGAAGGUGGUCUUCCAGCUGAGGGAGCUAGUGAAAAUCUGCCAAGAUGCCGACAACAAGCGCGAGGACAUGAAAUGGCUGGUGAAGACACUGGACUCGUUGCUGAGCUACGCCACCGAGGAUGAGGCCAAUCUGGAACAGAAGAAGCUAGAGGACCUUAUUGCCCGCUACAAGAACCUCAUCCCUACCAUUGAAAUCACCAUGGUCAAGACGGAGGUGUUCUCCAAGUGCUACACCUACCGACGCGAAGUUCACGAGGUUGUGUGCCUGCUGACCAAGGUCAAGGACCAGACGGCCAACAUCCCAGCGCCCGACAGCCUGGAGCGAGUGAACCGUUUGAUCGAGGAGCAGCAGUACGCCAUCAACCAACUGGAUCACCAGCGCCCGCACAUCAUGUCCAUGUUGCAGCGGGGCCGUGACCUCAGCAAAGAUAUUCAUGCACCGGCUUUCGUCAAUACAGAGGUCAAGAAUCUGGAGACCGGCUGGAACCAGGCCUACACCGAGACAUCCGAUAAGCUGCAGGCCCUCAAAGGUACCCAGGCUGUUUGGAGCGACUUCGUCGACCAGAAGAACGACAUCUUCUCAAUGCUGCAAACGGCCGAAACGGAACUGCGGGCCUUGACGCCACUGCAAACCGAUCCUAAGAACGUCAGCCAGGAUCUCAAGUCCAAGAGAGAUCUGAAUGUGCAACUGCAGCAAGCUUCACACCAACUGCUGCCCAAGUUGCACGCCCUCAAGUCUGAGCUGGCUCCACUGGCGGCCGCUGACAAGCGCCCCAUCCUGGAGAAGGAGGUCACCGAGGUGGAGAAGAUGUUCUUCAACACCAUGGAGCACGUGAAGGAUCGAGUCGGGUACCUGGAGGACUACAGUGCCAAGUGGAAUAACUACAAAACGCGCCUUGCCGAACUGCAAGAGUGGGCCAACAAGGUGGCUCCCAAGAACAUCGAAGCGUUGCAAUCCGAGGACCUCACCCCAGAGGAGCGUGUGGUCAAGGUGCAGGCCUUCAAGCGCAUCCUUGGCGACCGCAUGAAGCAGCUGGAUCUUCUGGCUGCCGAUGCUUCCGAACUGGCGCCCAAGGAGGGCAACAUUGCCGAGGCCAAGCGACUGAAGGGAGAAAUCACCAAGCUGCAGGAAGUCCUCAGCGCCAUCAAUCGCAACGUGGACCACCAGGCACAGGCCGUGCAGGAGGACCUCGUCAACUGGCAACAGUUCCAGGCCGGACUACAGCAAAUCAAGCCUGCCGUGGAGCAGAGCGAAGUCAAGGUAAAUAAUGUAGUUUCUAAGCCCAUAUCCCUCGAAGAAGCCGUUGCCAUGCAACAAAAUGCCCAACAAUUCGAGACACAGUGCCAGGAGCAGUUGGACAAGCUCCAUGGCAUAUCCAACAUCAGUCAUAAAAUGUUGUGUAAGACCAAUGCACCCGACGAGCUGGACGCCAUGCAUUCGCGCUGGACGGCAGUCCACGAGAAUGCCAAGCAGGCAAGUGCCAAGCUCGAAAAGUUGGUGGCCAAUUGGAAGUCGUUCGACGCCGAUGCCGCCAAGCUCGAGGAUUGGGUGGGUCAGGGAGAGCAGCUGAUGGCACGGCGUCCAGCCGUCCUCAACACCCCGCACAUCGACAAGCUGGAGAAGGAGCUGGUCAAACUGAAGUCCUUCAACAACGAGAUCUCCCAGCAACAGGCCAAGUUAGUGACUCUGGGACAAAAUGCCGACCAAAUCAGCUUGCAUUUGGCGCCCGAGGGAGCAGCAGCUCUGAAGGAUCGGGUCAACCAAAUGAAGGGCAAGCUGCAGAAACUUUCAGAGGUCACUCGGGGCCACAUCAACGAGGUUUCCGAUGCGAUCAUCUCUCGGCAGGACUUUAAUGCCAAGCUGGUGAACUUCUCGAACUGGAUGGAGCAGCUCCGAAACCAGGUUUCCCAGGUGGAAGAAAUAAAUCCGGAACGGGUGGAAACCAGUCUGCAUGUGAUCCAUGCCCUGUUGCAGGAGCAUGCCGACAAAAAACCCAGCUUUAACGCCAUCUACGAUGAAGUGAAGCAACUCGCCUUGGGCGCCACGCCCGAGGAAUCCAAUGCCUUGAACGAUGCCUACACGGCACUGGUGGUUAACUACCAGAACUUGGAGACCAAUAUGCUCCAGAAGAAGGCAGCCCUGGAGAAGUGGACCGAGUUGCUAGGCUGGAAGAACGACACCGAGUCGCACUUGAACUACCUUAAACACCAACUGGACAAACCAGAAGGACCUGCAGCCGAGGAGCUUACCAAGGUCAUCGAUGAGAUAGGCCACCUGGGUCAGGGUCUAAGCUACUGGAAGGGUCAGGCCAAGGAGAUUGAUGAGAAUCCUGCCAUCCAGCUGAGAGAUGCCCUAUCACGUCGUCCGCUGAUUGCCACCCAGAUUGUAAACGAUGUGGAGAACAAGCUGGAGAACCUUAAGCUGCGAUCGCAAAACCAACAGCAACAGCUCCAGCAGAUGACCGUUCGCAAGGACAAGUUCCAUGCUUUGGAACAUAACUUUGGCAAGGCCCUGGAGGAGAAUCGCGCCAAGCUGGACGAGAUUCUCAAACAGCACCCUACGUUGAACAAUAUUGAUCAGAUUAUCGCCGAUCUGGUGGCCCUGAAUGACGCCUUGAAGUAUCAGGCUGACCUCAAGGAUCGCAUUCACGAUGAAGGCUCGUUGCUAAUGCGAGAGGACAUUGCCAGUAUGCCUGCCAUCCAAGAGAGCCUCUUGGUUCUGGACAAGAACUAUGAUUCACUUCAAAAUGAGAUAGCUGAUCGCAUCCAGAAGUACAACCUAAUUAGCCAGGCUUUGAGGGAGUAUGCUGAUUCGAAGGAUAAAUUCUCGAAGGAACUCAAGAAGGCCGAGGAUCUUUUUGGUGCCAUCCCUCAGCAACCGCGCGAUGAAACCGAGCUUCAGGUGGCUUCCGAGAAGACCAAAAAAACUAUGGAGCAGCUGCGCAAGUCCAAACUCAAUUUGGAUGAGCUCGAGCGUCGUGGCAACAAUGUCGCCAAGCUCUUUAGUGCCAUUGGAGAACCCAUUCCACAGGAAGUUCCUCAGGAAGUGGCCGCUGCUAAACAAAAAUGGCAGGAUCUGCACGACAAGACCGCCAAAAACGCACAUGUCUAUGAAACGGAGGCAGUCAUUUGGUCGCAGAUCGAAGAUGCCAAGAAGGACUUGUUGCCGUGGUUAUCGGAGACCAAUCAGGGGCUUUGUGAUGCGGCUGACAACACCAUUGAGAUCGAAUUCGGCCCAAUGCGUUUGAGCAAGUACCGCACUGAGCUGCCCUCCUACCAGGCGCUGAAGGAUACAAUUGCAGAGAAAACCAAUGAUCUGGUAAAGAUCAAUAAUGGCGCCGAAAUUCCAGCACUCACUGCUCUCAAUCAACUUCUGAACGAACAGUUUGCGGAAGUCAGCAACAAUGCUGAUCGUCUAAGCACAGUCACCACUUCGUUCAACGAUCAGGAACAGGACCUCCGCAAGCGAUCGAAGGAAGCUGGCGAGAAGGUGAACAAACUCAGGGAACAGCUCAUCAAAUGCGACGACAUGUCCGGCGACAACAAUAAGAUUAUGGAACGCCUGCUCCAGUGCCGUGCCAUUAGAGCCGAGCUCGAUAAGAGCGGAAACGAAAUCGACAACAUUAAGCAGAAGGUUGAUGAGCUUCGUAAUUUGUAUCCCACAUUCAGUGAGUCCAUCAUCCCCAAGGAACUGAACAAUGUCCAGAAACGCUAUGAGAACGUAGAUCUCUAUGCCAAGAAGAUCGAGGGUUCGCUGCUGCAGUUCCUCAAGAAGUUCCACGCCGACAAAGUGGGCAUGCUGAAGCGUAUUAUUGCCACACAACGCGAAAAGGUAGCCUGGUGUCAGCCAGAAUCCUCCAGUGACAAAUACAACCUGGAUGUGAAAAAAUCCUCGUUGCAGGAGGUCAGCAAGAGCAUUGACGACUGCAAGGCACGUCAUGCCGAAACCUUGAAAUCCCUGGAGAUGCUGAAGGCCGUCGAAUCCCCACAAAACCUGGCGGAACUUACCAGCGAUGCCCAGCUACUGAGCAAUGACAUGAAGGCUUUACAGGACAGCUUUGACAAAAUUAAAGGUAUUCUCGAUGAGAAUGUGGACUUGUGGUCGCAGUACGAGCAAUCGAACGAACAAAUAUCUAACUGGUUGCGAGAUGUCGAGGGCCGUGUUAAGGCCGAAACAAGUAGCCAAGUGAAUCUUCCUGAAGUGCCUCAGAAGCUCCAGGAGCUGGCUGUCCUCCAACAGGAUAUACUAGCACAUGAGCCCAUAAUUAACAACCUUGAGGCAACAUCGCAGCAGUUGAUUGAGAAGAACCCUGAAGCCAGGAUUGGACAGUUCGUUACCCAUCUGGUCCAGCGUUAUCAGACAGUCUCCAAAGCUCUGGCUGGCUACAUUGAUAAGAUCCGCACCGCUCAGCUGUCGAAUGCCAACUUUGCCAAGGCAGCCAAGGACUUCAACGACUGGUUCGGUGAUGCCAAGAUCGAGUUCCAGGAACUGGCCCGCAUGGGCUCGCCCGGAUCUUCAUCGGCCACAGCUCAGCAGUUGCAGACUGUGAAGAACUACAUUAAGACCUUCGAUAACGGACAGAUAUUAUUGAACAACGCUGUGGAUAUCGGCGAGGCCCUAUAUCCCGUAGUUUCUCCUGAAAACCGAGAGCGAAUCCGCGCUGAUCUUCGCCAGAUGCGCGAGAAGUUCGAUUACUUGAGGGACGAGGCCAAUGCUUUUAUGCAGCAAGUGGAGGGUGUGUUGAUUCAGAAGACCUCAAUCGAAGAGAGCUACACCCAGGUGUCGCACUACCUCAACGAAUCCAAGGCUAAGGUUCCCGCCGGGGAUGAACUUUACCCAACUCUGGCCACCAAGAAGGCUGCUCUUCAAAACUACAAGACGCAGCUGCAGGAGAUAAACCUUCACAAGAAUGCUCUUAAGCAAUUGCACGACAAGGCAGUGACACUUUGCGACGAUGAGUCUGAGCGAAAGACCGAUGAGUCCAUCCAGGAGUACAACACGUUGUCCAAGAAGAUUUCCGAAAGGAUAACCACAGUGGGAAAUCAUGUGGCCAAACACGAGGCCUACGAUCAGGUUCUCGAAAAGGCACAAGACUGGCUGAAUACAAUAAAGUCCGAAGCCAUAGAUAUUCUGAACGAGACUACUUUCGAGAAGGAAGGCGCCGAGGAGAAGCUGAUUGUUGUGGAGAACCUUUUGCAGCACAAACCCGAGGGCGAUUCCAUUUUCGAUACGUGCCACAAGCUGUUGCAAACUGUGUUGACCCAAACUCAUCCAAGUGGUCACCCGGCCCUGCUUAAGGGCUUUGAGGAGCCGCAGAAGGCAUGGGAGGACUUUAUGACUCUCUGCCAAGACUCGCUGGUGAAACUUAAGCAGCUGUGCUCCAAAUGGGAUGAGUUCGAUUCGAUCAUCGAAGAGCUGGACAACUGGAUGAAGAAUGUGGAAUCCGUCGUGAAGAACCAGAACCUCAAGAGCACCGCCGAGGCCAAGAAUGCCCAUCUGAAACAGCUGCAAGAGAUUUCCAAGGAUAUUGAUCGUCGUGGUUCGGCAAUUAAUGAACUAAUGGACCAAGGCCGUGAAAUUGAGGGAGAAACUGACUUGAACCUGAAGCUUUCUCGAUUGAAUACUCGAUACCAGACUCUGAAGAACCUGUGCAAGGAGUCUAUUGCCAAGUAUGUGAACUAUGUUAAGGAUCAUGAAAGCUUUGACCAUGAUUUCGAGGCAUUCAAGCAGAACCUUCAGGCUUCAGUGAAUGAGUUGACCAAGGCCAAUGAGAUUGUCGGCGAUCAGAACGUGCUGCAGGAACAGCAGAAUAAGCUGCGCGAGAUGUCUGACAAACGCAUCACGGACUCCACCCUCUUCGAGGGUCUCAUCGAUCGCGGCGAAAAGCUUUACGGGCACACUAGCCCAGAUGGCCGCGAGAUUAUCCGUCAGCAGCUCCGUUCUCUGCGGACUCUUUGGGAUAAUUACACGGACGACCUGAACUCGGCCACACAAAAGAUCGAUCAGUGCUUGUUGCAGUUCAACGAUUUCAGCAUUGCCCAGGAUCAGCUAACCAAGUGGCUCAAGGACGUGGAGAAGGCAAUGCAGAGCCACACUGAACCGAAGACAACUCUGCAGGAGAAGCGCGCUCAACUGCAAAACCAUAAGUUGUUGCACCAGGAAAUCACCACCCACAAUGUGCUGGUGGACAACGUCUGCGACAAGGCCCAGAUCCUGGUGGAUCAAAUCAAGGAUAACUCCUUGAACGUCUACCUAGCUUCGAUCAAGCAAAUCUUCCAGAGCAUUGUCCAGAAGUCCGACGUUAUCUUGCACAACUUGGAAGACUGCGUCCAGAAGCACAACGACCUAAACAACUCUCUGGCGUCGGCUAAGACUUGGAUCUCGAACGAAAAGGCCAAGUUGCUGGAGUGUGACGAUGCUUAUGGCGAAAAGGCGGACAUAAAGCGCAAGAUCGAAACCCUAGGACAGUUGGCUCAGAACAAGCCCCAAGCCCUUAAGUUGCUCGGCGAUAUUCGAGAUCAAUUCGAGAAGGUGAAGCCCACCACCUCUGAAAAGGGCAAUGAAGUUCUGGAGAAAGAAAUCGAUGAACUGGAGACGACCAUGAAGAGCCAUUUCGACGACAUCGAGGGCAUUGAGGGCAAGCAGAAGGAUGUGCUGGCUCAGUGGGACAAGUUCGAGAAAGACCUUGAGGAACUUACCAAGUGGUGCCGCAAUGCCGAGGCUGUUUUCCGCGAACAGCAACUGCAGUCCACGCUCCACGAAAAGGUCGAACAGUUGGAUAAGUACAAGAUCCAAAGGGAUUUGAUUCUCCAGAAGGAGAAGGAAAUUGAUGCCUUCGGCGAUGCUGCCCAUUCCCUGCUUAAUAACUGUGGAGCUGAUCGUUUGAAGACCCUGACGACUCAAAUCACCAAUCGGUAUCAACUGAUGCAAGUUCUCAGCAAGGAAGUGGUCAACCGCUGGUCCAAUCUCGUGGAUGACCACCAGUUCUACCAGGACAAGUACAACGAGGUGGACUUGUGGCUGCAGCCUAUUGAAUCGCAGCUUGAAAAAGCCCUCAAGGAUGAGCCCACCCAGAGUUCCAACAUCCUUCAGAUUCUUCUGUCCGAAAGAGAACAAGCUGAGAGCCUGUUUGCUGCUCUGAAUGCCGCCGGAGAAAAGGCUCUGCCUGAAACUUCAACCCAAGGCAGGGAGAAGAUCCGGAAGGACCUGCGCGAUAUCCGCGAUCGUUGGGACAAACUGGAUGAGGGAAUUCGCAAUCUGGAGAAACGCCAGGAGGCUCAAACUGUCCAGCUCUCAGGUUACCAGGAUAUUCUCAACCAAACUGUAAACUGGUUGGAUCAAGUUGAAAAACUGUUGCACAAUGAGAACCCUGCCAGCUGGACAAGCGCCCAGGAAAUUAGGUCGAAGCUGUACAAGUACAAGGCCACGAACCAGGAUAUAAACUCGCACAAGCGCAUUGUGGAGGCCGUUAAUGAAAAGGCAGCGGCUCUCCUUGGAAGUGCGGCUCCUGCCAACGCCGAGGAAAUUUCCAAGGCCGUGGCUGAUGUUAACAAGCGUUACGAGCAGGUGGGUCAGGAUUGUAGCAAGCUGGUAGCCGACCUGGAUGGAGCUUUCGAGGUGUACCAGCAGUUCAGUGAGCUGCAGAAGGCACAGCAGGAUUACCAGAAGAAUCUCUGGGAUCGCCUUACCGGCUACUCCGAUUACUCUGGAAACAAGCCCGCACUGCAGGCACGACUGCAGAAGAUCAACGAAAUCCAAGAAGCCCUGCCAGAAGGUGUCGCCAAGCUCAAGGCUCUCGAAGAUCACAUUGAACAACAGGCCAAUAAUAUUCCUGCCCGAUCCAAGGAAGCCAUGGCCAGGGAUCUUGCAAACCUGCAUGCCGAUUUCGAGAAGUUUGGUGCCUCUUUGAGUGACGUCAAGAGUGGUCUCGAGAACCGCCUGCAGCAAUGGAACGACUACGAGGUCAACUUGGACCGACUGAUCAACUGGUUGGGCGAGGCAGAGAAUGCUCUCAAAAACUACAACCUCAAGUCAUCGUUCGAGGAGAAGGAGGAACAACUGAACCGCUUCCAAUCCUUGGCCCAGAGCUUGCGUCAAAACGAAACCGACUUCGAUAAGAUGAAGGACGACACAUCGGAGCUGGUGCAAAGUUCAGGGGAAACUAGGAUUGCUGUUAAUGUGCAACAGGUUUCCUCACGAUUCCAAUCGAUUCAGGCCACCGCCAAGGAGAUCCUCAAGAAGUGCGAGCAGGCUGUCCAGGACCAUGGCCACUUCAAUGAGAAGUACAAGCAAUGCGCAGACUGGCUGGCCAAUGCCCAGGCGCGCUACGAUGACUGUUGUGACUUGUCCUCGGUCGGCUCUCGGGAUGAUCUGCUGAAGAAGCAUGUGGUUAUCCAAGAGCUUCUGGCACAGCAGCCCACAGCCACCCAGUUACUCAACAGCACUGUGGAGCUUGGCGAGAAAUGCUAUGGAUCCACGGCCACCGAGGGACGUGAAGCUAUCCGUAGCCAGCUGGAUGAUUUGACAUUCGAUCAGCUAUUCGAUAACAUUUCCAGCACUGCUAGGAAAAUUCAGGAUAAGAUUGCUAAGUGGUCUGGCUUUGAUGAGAUAGCCGACAACCUGAAGGCCUGGCUGGAUGAAACCGAAAAUGCCCUCCCGGCUGAUAUUGAGCUGAAGACCACUCUCGAUGAGAAGCGAACCAAACUGCAAGCCUACCGUGACAUUCUCCUCGAUAUCAAUAACCACCAGGUGGAAGUGGGCAACCUCCAAGAGAUUGCUGAAAAUUUGCCAGAAAAGACAGAACACGUGGAUAAUAUUCUCAAGGACAUUUCCGAUCGUUUCGGUAAAUUGCAGAAGCGAGCCCAGAACUACGUGGAACGCUAUGAGGGCAUAGUGAGCGCCCAUCAGCAGUAUUCGAAGGCUGUGAUGGAUGCCCAGGAGUUUAUCGAUGCAACCCUCAAUACUGUUCACUACUGGGGCGACUUGGACCUGGAACAGAUCUCACUGCACACGAAUCUGGAUCGCCUGAAGAAUCUGAAGGCCAGCUUGGCCGAUGAGUUCCCACGAGUGGAUCAAGUCAGAGCUCUGGGCGAGAAGGUUAUUCCUGGUACAGUGGAUGUGGGUCAGGUGAAUAUCAAGUCGCAGAUCGAUACCACGCAGCAGGAAUGGGAGGGCCUACUGGCCGCCAUCACUUCCACCAUAGAGGCCAUUGAGGCGCGCCUGCAACACUGGUCGGAGUACGAGCAGUUAAGGGAUCAGUGUCUGGCCUGGAUUCGGGACACAGACAACAACUUGCAUGCCAUCGACCUUAAGGAGGAUUUGCCCAAGAAGCGGGCCCAGCUGGAAGCUAUUAAGGCUCUGCAGGGCGAUGUGCGUGCCAAGGAGCUGGAGGUUGACAAUGUCACUGAGAAGGCUCAGACCCUUCUAAAGGGUCCCUCUAGCAGUCGUGCUUCAGGUCCCGAAUUGGUCACCAAAUACCAGCAGAUCUUCCACAAGGUCAAGGAGCUCAACAAUCGCUGGCAGCAGUAUGUCACCUCCCACGAGGACUUCGACAAUGCCAUUUCCGACUGCUCUUCGUGGAUAAACGACAUUAAGGAGAAGCUGGACUACUGCUCGGACAUGUCCUCGAUGAGCCAAAAGGAGCUGGACAAGAAGCUCGCCACCAUCCAGGAUGUUAUCCUCCUCAAGGAUGAGGGAUCUGCUCGCGUGUUGAAGAUUUUAGAGCAAGCUCAACAUGUCCUGGCCAAUACUGCGCCCGCCGGUCACGAAGCUAUCAACAAGGAGCUUACAGAUCUGCAGGACCUUUGGUCGGGUAUCGCCUUGCGCAUCAUGGACGUCAAAUCCAAUUUGGACGACUCCAUUACCCAGUGGUCCGGUUUCCUGGAUCAGGUACAGAACGUGCGGAAGUUCAACGAGUGGCUUGAUGCCUUGCUGAAAGAAUUGGGUGAACACCAGACCACUAUGACCGAGAAGCGGGCACAGCUGGAUCGCGUAAAGUCCACGGAAGAGAAGGUGCGCGUUGAAAAAAUUGACGUGGACGCCCUGAAGAUCCAGGCCAAGGAAAUGAUUGCCAGUGGCCAGCAGAGUCAAGCCGCGUUCCAGGCCCAGAAGGUUCUGGAUACCUUCGAUGAACUGUUUGCCAAAACGCAGAAGCUGUUGUCCGACCGCCAGGAUCAGUACAGAGACCAUCGCUUGUUCAAGGAGGCCUACGAUGACCUGGCUGGCUGGAUUGGGCGUGCCCGCGAGAAAUUCCCUGCCCUCAAACAAAGCAGCUUGAGUGACAAGUUGGCAAUUGAAAACGCUGUUCAAGCCACCGAGGCUCUUCUCAACAAGCAGGCCCAGGGUGAGCUUCUAGUGGAGCAUCUGGUGCACACAGGUGAAGUUGUCCUGGCCAGCACCUCGUCACAGGGCCAGGAGAUUAUCAGGAACGAUAUCCGAGCUCUGCGCGACAGCUUUGAAAGUCUGUUCCGCGAAAUCAACCAGCAGAAGGAGAACCUCGAGGUCACCAUGGUGCAGUGGCGUGCCUACAAGGAGGAAUACGAACGACUCAUGGAGUGGCUGCAGCAAAUCGAUAUCCUGGUUAAGAACCACAAGCUGAACCUUUGCCCGAACCUGCCCGAUAAGGAGAAACAGGUCGCCGACAUGAAGGAGGUGAUGUCGCGAUUGGAAAAGGACAAGGAUGACAUUGACAAGUUCAACGCCUCCGCUGCAAGUCUGCUGAAAUCCCACCUCGACUCCUAUGUAAAUAACCAGCUUCGCCACCUGGGCUCUGUGUACCAGGUGCAGGUUAAUCUGGCCAAGGAUGUUCUCAAGAAGGUUGAGACUAACCGGGAUCAGCAUCGCGAGUACGAUGCCAACAUGAAAUCCGCGAAGGACUGGAUAGCCAACGCAAAGUCCAUCAUUCAAUCAGCCGGCGAGGGGGCGGGCUCCAAGGAAGCCCUCCAACGCCGUCUGGAGCAGAUCCAGGACCUGAUUCGCAACCGCGAACUGGGCCAGAAUCUGGUUCACACUGCGAUCAACAACGGGGAGAAGAUUAUCCGCAACACCCGGUCCGAUGGCCGCGAUGCUAUCAACAAUGAGAUGAAGGAACUGCAGACCGAAUGGGAUCGUCUGGUGAAGAAGAUGUCCACCGCAAAGGUGCAGCUGGAGACGAACCUGCUUCAGUGGGCCGACUACAGCUCCAGCUACUCGCAGCUGCAGCAAUGGAUUACCGAUCGGGAAGCAAAGUUGCAACAGGCUUGUGAGCAGAAGAUUGUCAAGUCCAAGCGCGGCCAACCUGGUCUCAGCAGUGGUCUGAGCGAGCGAAAGGCCAAUCUCCGCCAGACUAACAACAUUGUGCAGGAUAUCGUGUCCUUCGAGCCAAUGAUCCAGUCGGUCACCUCGAAGGCUUCCGAUCUGCAGCAAGGAGCUCCGGCCACGGAGAUUUCCGACAAGUAUGAAAACCUCACCAAGCAGGCCAAGGAUCUGUACGAGAAGCAGAAGAACACCAUCGAUAGCUAUCAGUCUCUGAUCGAUGCGGGCAACGAAUUCGCCACCUGGCUGAGAAAUGCCAAGGAGCGGCUGAGCAAGUGCUCCGAGCCCACCGGCGACAAGCAGGCUCUGGCCGAGAAGACCCACCAACUAAAGAUUUUGCAGGGCGAGCUGCCCGAGGGUGCCCAGAAGUUGAAGAAUGCUCUGGAGCAGGGAGAGAUCGCCUGCCGCAGUGCCGAGCCAGAAGACUGCGAAAUCAUAGAGCAAGAGGUUGCUCUGCUGCAGGAGGAGUUCGAUGCCUACCGGGAGGCCUUAAACAAGGCCAAGGAUUACCUGGAGGUGGGCAUUGUCAAGUGGUCGGACUACCAGGAUCAGUACACCGAAGCUUUGGAGUGGCUGAGCAAGACCGAGGCUUUGGUCCAGUCGUACAACAAGCUGCAGGAUAGUUUGACCCAGAAGAAGGUGGUGCUUGAGGAGUUCCAGGGACAUCUACAAACGCUCUUCGAUUGGCAGAAGACCCUAGACGACCUAAACAUGAAGGCCCAGGUUCUGCUGGAGACUUGUUCGGAUACUAGGAUCAGCAAUGCCAUUAUGCAGUUGACAACCAAAUAUAAUGCACUGCUGACCCUGGCCAAGGAAGUAAUGCGUCGCCUGGAGAUGCACUACCAGGAGCACCAGCAGCACCACUCUCUGUACGAGGAGUGCCAGUCCUGGAUCGAAAAGACACGCGAAAAGCUGGCCGAGUGCGAGCAAAUCCCCGGAACUCUCAACGAAGUUCAAAUCAAGUUGAAUACCGUCAAGAAUCUGCGCCAAGGAUUCGAAACUGGACAGAACAAGCUGCGCUAUUUGCUGGAGCUCAAGGAGAAGGUAAUCAUGAACACCGAACAGAAUGGAGCUGCCAAGAUCCAAGAGGAUACCGAGUCUCUGAAGGCGGACUUCGACAAACUGCUUGUGGACUUGAACGAUGUCCGCCAGAAGCUGGCUAACCGUCUUGCCCAACUGGAAGAGAUAUUUAAACUGUACAAGAUCCUGGUGGAAUGGCUGGAGGACGUGGAGCCCAGUGUCAAGGCCAGUGAUGAGUUCCUGAACGAUUUGAGCGAGAAGCGCGCUGCGCUGGAGAAGUUCCGCGUAAUUCAGCGAGACAUCAACGGGCACAACGACAUCGUGGAGAAGAUCAACCAGCGCCUGAAGGAGGAUAGUAGCCUAAACUUGAAUGACUUCCAGCCAGGUCUGGCCAAGUUCGAUGAGCUGCAGACCCAGGUGAACAAGAUCAUAGAGUCGCUGGAGAACCAGGUGAACAGCCACGAGAAAUACAAGCAGGCCUUGAAUGAGCUGCAGGAUUGGCUGCGCCGCACCCGCAUCGAGGUGGAGCAGUGCUCCGACUGCCAUGGCGAAAAGGAUCAAGUGGAGAAUCGUCUGAACCGAUUGGGCGACAUCCAGUCAUCUUCCCUGGAGGGAAAGAGCCUGCUGGAGGCCUGCGAGGAGCUGAGUCAGGCGGUGAUCGCCACCAGCGGAAAUGAAGGCCAGGAUACUGUGGCCCAGGAAAUCAAGCAGCUCACUGGUGAAUGGGAGUCCUUGCAGGCUGUGGCCCGCGAUGCGCGCAGCAACCUGGAAUCCUGCCUGGCUGCCUGGCAGACCUUCCUCCAGAAGUUCAACAAGAUAAACCUGUGGAUCGAGAACAUGAGCAAGCGCGUUGCCAAAUCCCAGGAAGGCGAGAACAAGACCCCCGAAGAUUUGGUCAAUGCCAAGAAACUCCUGGAGGAAGUGUUGGCCGAGAAGGACAAUGUGGAGGACCUGAACGACAACUGCGAGCUGCUCAUGGAGCAAAGCGCCUGCACUCGCAUUCGGGAUCAGACCAUUGAAACCCAGGCCAACUACACCAAGCUUUUGACCUCCGCCCAGGGUCUAGUGUCCAAGAUCGAGAAGAAUCUGUCGGACCACACCGAGUUCCUCAACUACAAGAAGGAAAUGGAUGCCUGGAUUGCGAAGGCCCAGGAGGUGCUCAACGAUUGCUCGACGGAUGGAGACUCCGCCAUUAUUGCCCAAAAGCUGGACACCGUCAACUCCCUGGCUUCUCGUCUGCCGGAGGGACAGCAUCUUCUGGCCCUGGUGCAGGAUGCAUACUCCAAGGCCUCAAACAUCACGCCGGAAGACAAGCAGGAGAAGCUGCGCGAACUGAUGACCAAGGUGCGCGAGGACUGGGAUGCUCUAGGCCUGGCGGUCAAGGAGAAGCUGAGCGAUCUGAAGCAGGCCCAGAACCGGUGGAACGACUUCGCCGCCAACAAGGAUAGACUGGAGAAGUGGCUGAACGAGACAGAGAAGACUCUCAAGGUGGCUCCAGAAACCAAGGGUGAGCUCAGUGAGAUGAAGACCCUGCUGGAGCGCUACAAGACCUUGGCCAACGAACUGAAACAGAAGGGCAAUGAGCUGGAGCAGUUGCAGUCGGAAGCCCGUGACCUGGGCACCGAAGUGGAUGCAGUGAAUCGCCUGCAGUCCCGCUGCGACAAGCUCAAGACCGACUGCUCGGCCCAUAUCAAGGCCCUGGAGCAGGAGAUGCUCGACUACAAUGCCUACCACCAGAGCCUGCAGGACGUGGAGAAGUGGCUGCUGCAGAUCUCCUUCCAGCUGAUGGCCCACAACUCGCUCUUCAUCUCAAACCGCGAGCAGACUCAGGAGCAGAUCAAGCAGCAUGAGGCUCUGCUGAGCGAAAUUCAAAAGUACCAGACCAACUUGGACGACCUGAAUGCCAAGGGUCAGGCCCAGAUUAAGCGUUACGAGACCUCAACGCCGGCCAUUCGCCCCACUGUGGAGUCCCAGCUGAGGAACAUCCAAGAGAGCUACAACUCCCUGCUCCAGACCUCGGUGCAGAUCAAGAACCGUCUGCUGGAGUCCCUGGCCAAGUUCCAGGAGUACGAAGACACGCUGGACAGCAUUAUGCGUAACCUCGAGGUCUAUGAGCCGAUUAUUCAAACCGAGCUGGAUGCUCCGGCCACAAGUCUGGAGCUGGCCCAAAACCAACUGAGGUGUGCCCAGGAGAUGCAGAACAAACUGAACAACGAGAAAUCGCGUCUGGCGGCUGCCGUCCAAGCCUGUGAGGCAGCCACCGCCUCGAUCAGUCGUCCCAGCUCCCCGCUGGAAACUGCCAUGCAGGCCAUUCCCGAAAGGGAGCUUAUUGUGCGCGCUAAGCUCGAGGAUCUGCUGGAUCAGGUGCAAUCCCACUUGGGUGGCUUGACUGCAUCCGUUAGCGAACUGGAGCAACAGCAGAAGCAGCGCGCCGAGCUGCAGGAUUGGGUUAAGAAGCAGCAGAGCUCUGUAUCGGACUGGCUUAUGCGUCCUUGCAAGUUGCGCCCUGAAGCAGCCCAGCAGGAGCUGGUUUCCAUGAAUGAUCUAUUGAACUCCAUUGGCGAUAAGCGAUCGCAGCUGAUGCUGGAAAUGACUGGAUCAUUGGGCGACGAGGACACUGAUUUGGACGACAACAUCGACAAACUGGAGUCGGAGCUUAUGGAUGCCAUUGCCAAGAAGCAGGCUGGCCAGAAUGUCAUCGAUGGCUAUCGCCAGGGAAUGGCUGAUGUUCAAAACUGGUUCGACACCCUGAUCAAGCGAAUGGAUGUCCUGGAUCGGGGCUCGGGUCUCAACUGUGCCCAGAAAACAGCGGCCAUCAACGAGAUCAAGAACGAGUACGAGCUGCAAGGUCACCCUAAGAUCCAGGAACUCAAGGGCAAGGCCGCUCAGGUGGCAGAGGUAAUCAGCAAUCUGGACGGCCAGCAGGUCGAGGAGCAAAUGAAGUCUCUGGACCGACGAUUUGCCGACCUGGGUAAACGCAUCGACCGCAAGGCUCAGCUUCUGGAUGUGACCAACAAGGGUGUGGAGGGAGCCAAGGGCGAGAUCGAUCAGCUCCAGAAUUGGGUGAAGCAGCAGAUCGAGGAGUUGCAGGCGCCUGCGCCACUCGGUUACACGCCCAAGGAUGCCGAGGCCCGUCAGCAGAAGAUCAAGAGCCUGAUGAAGGAUGCCGAAGCAAAGCAGUCGUUGGCCGAUGUCCUGGAGAAGCGCAUUGCCAACAUGCAGCCCGAACUGGAGCCUGCCGAAUACGCCCAGCUGGAGUCCGCACUGCGCAAUCUCAACACGGAGAAUCGCAACUUGUCGGGAGUCCUCAAGGCUGAACUGGAUCGGGCUCUGGAGGCUAGCAAGGCUCGCAAGUCCUUGGAGAACGAUUUGGACAAGGCCAGGCAAUGGCUGAAGACCAAGAUUUCCGAGGUGCGCAAGCUGCCCGUUUAUCAUCCUUUAACCUCCACAGAGAUCGAAAAGAAGAUCCAGGAGAACAAGAAGUACGACGAUGAUGCCAAGCAGUUCAACGACAGUGUCCUGAGUGAUGUCCAGCGCCAAGCAGCUAACAUAAUGAAGGACUGCGGUGACGCGGAUAAGGCUGCUCUGCAGCAAAUUCUGGAUGAGAUUGCCGCCGAUUACCAGACCCUGAAGGACGAGAGCAACAAGCGUGGCAAGUCGCUGGAUGAUCUGCUGCAAGGUCGCAAGGCCUUCGAGGACUCCAUGAAGAACAUGGGCGACUGGCUGAAUGAGAUGGAAACUGCUACCGAGGGAGACCUGCGAACCACUAGCCUCCCAGUUCUAGAGGAGCAGUUGGCCCACUACAAGAAACUCUUGAGCGACGCCGAGAACAAGGGUGGUCUCAUUAACGACGUUUCGGAGCAGGGCAAGAGCAUCCUGCCCACUUUGAGCAAUGCCGACAAGCUGAAGCUCAACGACGACAUCAAGAACAUGAAGGAUCGCUACGGCAGAAUCAAGAACACAAUCGAUGACCGCGUCAAUGCCUUGGGAGAUCACAUCAAGAAGUACAAGGACGCCAAGAGCAGGCUGGCCGAUUGCAGUCAGUUCUUGGGCACCAUCCAGCAGAGACUCCGCGAGUUGAACCGCCCAAUAGGAUCGAGGAUCGAGGAUGUCCAGGAUCUGCUGGGCGCCUAUGAGGGAAUACUCAAGGAGCUUAAGGACAGCAAGAGCAAAAUGGGCGACAUGCAAAUAGAUGACUUGCCAGAGCUGCAGAGCAUCUUGGCCCAGCAGGACGAUAUGAUCAAGCUGAUCGAGGACCAGCUGGCCCAUCUCCGCCAGCUCCUGCUGCUCCGCGAGCAGUUCAUCGCCUUGAUCAACGAAAUCAUCGCCUUCAUCAUGAAGUACACGGAUGUCAUCAUCGAUAUUGAAAACUCUCCGGACAGUCUCGAGGAUAAGAUCAACAAGUACGACGAUGUCAUUGUCAAGAUCCAGGAGUGUGAAGGACUUCUGGCCUCGGCCAACGACAAGGGCCAGAAGAUUGCUUCCGAGGGCAAUGCUGCGGACAAGAACAGCAUCACGGAGCAGCUGCAGUCGCUGAAGAAUCAGCUGCAGAAUCUCCGCAAGGCCGUGGAAUCCCAACGCCAGAAGCACCAACUUCAAUUGGAGUCGCACAAGAAGAUGGCCGCAGAGCUGAGCGAGAUCCUCGACUGGUUGCACAGCCACGAAGGCGCCGCCAAGUCGCGUCCGCUUCUGGACCGCGAUCCAGAAUCCGUAGAGCGGGAGUUGCAGAAGCACCAAGCCCUCAGCCAGGAUAUUGAAUCCUAUCUCAAGAAGUUCAACAAGAUCAACGAGGGCGUUAAGACCGAAGUUGGUUUCCCCAGCUCCCUUUCAGAAAUGCUGUCCGAGGGCCGGUCCCUGGUCGCCUCUUUGCCCCAUGAACUCGAGGAACGCGAAAAGUAUCUGAAGAAUAAUCGCGACUCCCGGCUGGAGUACAUGCAAUUGGUGGCCAAGUUCAAUGACUGGGUCCAUGAAGCCGAGUUGCGGCUGCAGAACAGCCAGCACGGCAUCGACUAUGAGCACCUGGUCCAGGAUCUGGACGAACACAAGAUUUUCUUCGGCAACGAGGCCCCGAUUCGCAACUUGGUGCACAAGCAGAUCCAGGAGGCCGCCGACAAGAUUUGGUCCUCGCUAAACAACUACGAGCAGUCUGAGUUGUCCGCCGAGUUGGCCCAGUUCCAAACUAAGUUGGCCAACACUCUGGCCAAUGCCAAGACACAGCAGAGCGAGCUGGAGAAGGAGGCGGAGCGCUGGCGCGAGUACCAGCAAUCCAUCGACCGUGUUAAGGCCACCAUCGAGCGCACCAAGUUCAGCGACGAGCAUGUCCAGAAUUUGGCUGGUCUGCACUUCAACAUCCAGAAACUGUCCCACGCCAUCGGAAAUGUCCAGAGCCAGAGCAGCGACCUAUCACUAGUCAACCAGCAGGCUCAGGCGCUCAUCCGUCAGGCAGACGCCCGCAACCGACAGCUGAUUGAGCAGGACAACGCUGGCCUGAACCGUUCGUGGCAGGAUCUGGUACACAGCUUGGAGCAGCGAAGGGACAACCUGCAGCAGUUGGCCGAGCACUGGGACGGAUUCGAGAACAGCCUGCACGGCUGGGAAAAGGCUCUUGGUCGCUUGGAGGAUAAGUUCCGCAAUGUCGACCCAACUGUAAGAUCCCGACGUCAUUUGGAAGAUACAAAGAAUGCCAUUCAGGAACUGCGUGAAGAAUCAAAUCAACUUAAAUCAUCACAUAAAGAAAUCGAGGCGCUCUCUAAAUCCAUCCUCACAUUCCUUGGGGAAGUACACAAACCCUCGGCGGAGGCCAUACAGGCCAAAGUGGAUAAGUUAGUUGAACAACAAGCCAAAUUGAACGACACUCUACGCGAAAAGGAGCAACAGGUUAGCAAGGAUCUCGAGGAGAUCGAGCAAGUCUUCCGUCGCAUCUCGCAGCUGCAGGACAAGCUUAACGCUCUGCACGAGCAACUGCAAUCGGUUCACGUCUACGACGAGCACAUCGCCCAGACCGAACAGCUUCUGAUCACCCUCAACAGCCAGGUGCAGCAGGCCGCCGAAGAGAGCAAGUCACUGGUGUCCCAGACCACGGCCCUCUACCAGGCCAAGCAGAACCAGCUGCCGAACGACAUUGCCCAGGAGUUUACGGCCCUCGAGCUACUGGCCGAACGAGUCCAGGUGACCAUGGAGACCAAAGAGAAGGAUUUCAAGCGCGCGAAGACCGUUCGCACCGAAUAUGUGGCCGGUGUGGACGAGAUUCAGCGCUGGCUGCUUCAGGCGGAGGUUCAGGUGCAGGAACGCAGCCUGACGCCUACGCAGAUGAAGGAGCUGCUGCAGCGCAUCAACCAUGAAAUCACCGCCAUCUACGAACGCUUCACGCUGGUCAAGACCAACGGUCAGCUGAUCAUCGAGAAUUGUCGCAACAGCGAGGAGAAGACGCUGGUGCAGACAACCAUCGAUCAGCUAGCCGCCUCCCUGGCCCAGGUCCGAGGCUGGCUGGACGAGAAGAAGCAGGCGGUGGGUGAUAGUCUGGACGCGUGGACGAGGUUCAUGAACCUCUACCAGAUUGUCAUGUCGUGGGCGGCGGAGAAGCGUACCUUCAUCGAUCAGACGAUUGAACUGCGCACCCUGCCAGAGGCGCGCAACAAACUGAAUGACUAUGUUACGGCUGUGAAGAGUGUGAAACCGAUUGUGAAGCAUCUGAGCGAGAUGGAUAAGGAGCUGGAGCACAUCGGCCAGGUGACGACUGUAGGCGAUCUCAAGGACAAACUGCAGGAAGCCGAGGAUGCGAAGAUUACCGUGGAAGCGGUGCUGCUGGAGAGGAACUCUCUGCUGCAAGAGGCCUGCGAAGAGUGGGAUCAAUGUGAACGCAAGAUUAAGGAUAUACGCGCCUGGCACGAAAAGACGAAGCAGAGCCUGGACUCCGCCCAGCAGCAGAAGAAACCGCUGCGCGAUCAGCUCGGCUUCUGUGAGAAGACCCUGGCCGACAUUAAUGUGCAGAAAACGAAACUGAGACUGUCUAUUGAGAAACUGGAGGUUCAUUUCCGCAACGGCAUGGGCGGUGAUCCGCGCCUGAGCGAAAAUGUAGACGAUCUGGUGCGCGUGCUCGACGGCUUGGGCGAGUUGGUCAAGGCCAAGUCGCACAGCCUCGAGCAGACGCUGGCCCAGAUCGACGUCUACCAGCAGCAGAUGCAGACCCUGCGCCAGCGCAUCAUCCAGGAGGAGCAGCAGCUGCGCCUGGUGAUGGCGCCCACGUACUUGCCGCACGAUCGCGAGCGAGCAUUAGCCGAGCAACAGGCAAUGCGAGAAUCAAUCGAUGGCAUGCAGCAAGUCUACGAUGCGACAGCGCGAAAGUCCUACACGCUGGAUCCCCAUUCAGUGGUGACCACUUCAUCGACUGUCUCGUUGCUGAUGAAGCCAUCGGCGGCAGCGGGUCUUACCUAUGCUGAAGUGUUGUCGGGACAUGCGAGUCCGGUAAGCAGCGCUAAUGAAUCUGUAACGACGAAGCCCCAAUCAGAACGAACAGACCCCGCAACGACUACAACCACAACGACCCGGCAACAACACACGAACCAGAACCAGAACCAGACCACAAUUAAAACUAUUACGACCACCACCACAACAACGACUACGAAACGUACGCACGGAGAUGAAUCUUUCGAAAGUCCUUCGAAUCCUCACGAACUAAAUGGCAGCGGUAGCACCAUCGUUACCACAGCUAUUUAUGAGCGCCAACAACCAGUUACACCACCCAUCGAGACCAUCACGACAACAGUUCCUAGCAUAACGACACCGAUUCCUACCAACCCCAACACGCAGUUUAUAGAAAGCGAGCAGAAGUACCACCAGCACUUAAAAACGGGUAAGAAACUGCAGCCACCGCGUCCCGAACGUCGUGGCCGAUCGCCCAGACGCCGACGGGAACCGCCCCAACCACAACCACGAGCAUCACAACAGCCCUCUAUUGAGGCGCCAUUGGAGCAAGAACCACAGCCGGAACAUCUCUUCCUGCCAAUCGCCGAUCGCACGAGAUCACGUAGCCCCAUGUGGGUGCCUGGUUCGACUUCCUAUGCAGAGGUUCUGCGCGGUUUGGAGCUUGAGCGACUGAAAGCCGAACAACUGGCUGCGCAGGCCGCUCAGGGCCGCACGGAACUUACCAUCCAGGACGUGGUGGAUGCCAGCGCUGCAGUUACACGGAAUAUUUACGUUCCCCAACCGGAACCAGAGCAGCCCAUUGAGGAACAGCAGCAGCAAUAUAUUGGCGAGACCAUCGCCGAUGUUGCGUUUUCUGCCGCACAGCCACAACAACCAGCUCUUCCUCAACUUCCACAGCAACCGAAACCCCUCGAUAAUUACGAAGUACACAUGACAGCGGAGGAGAUUGCAGCGACAUAUUUGCAGCCGGAUCCCCAGUUGUACCAGACGAUGUACGAAAACGUGGCCGACAGUGGUCAGUGGGGCUAUGUGACAGAUGCUACAUCGCAAGCUCAGCAACAGCCAGUUCAACAGAACUACUACGAGCAGAUUAUGCAGAUGCAGUACCCGAUUCAGUACCAGCAGGUGACAGUGCCACCAACGACGACCCAGUACCAGCUAUUGGCUGGCUACUACCAGCCAGUAGCGCAGACCGAAGGUGGCUAUCCCGCAGUCUAUUCCACUGAGCCGAAUCAGAUCUACUAUGCCCAGCAAACCACAGACUACGCCCAGGAAUAUCCACAACAGCACCUGGCGCAGCAGCCACAGCAGCAGCCCCUGCAGGAUUACAAGCAGGAAACAGUGGAGCAGUCCUAUCUGCCUGAGACGUACCAGGUGGAUAACACUUUGUCCCUGAACUCGACCACAGGCAACAGCGUGCUGGAUCGCGUUGUUACCACACUGGCCUCGAUGGUCCAACAAAGUUCAGAGCCGCUGACCACCAGCACCCAGCAAAUUCAGCCGGCUGUUAUUGAGAGCGAGCCCCCAGAGCCCCAGUACUACAUCGAGGAGCACGUCCACUUGAUGCCGGCUGUAGAGCCCCAGGAAUUUGAGCUAAACGAGCCCAGGCCCGACAUCACCUUUGGCCAAUUCGAUAUUGAUGCUAUUGAGGCUAUACCAGCGGAAGAACCGACUGUACCUCAACCUCUUGAGAGUGUAACCACAACUAGCUAUGUGACGACAAUUGCCCCAGAACAGAUACAGCCAACUGUGAUACCACACCAGACUACCGAAAUCGUUUCGGUUCCGGAUGCCCCUCAAGUACCCAAGGACCCUGAAACUGUCAUUGUCCGUCCCCAGGAUCAGAGGCAAAAGAAUAAACAAACUCGUCCCCAGGACAUCAAUACUGGCAGCACGUACGCCGAAGUUCUCUUCGGUCUCCAGCAUAGAGAUAAUCCAGUCUUCCAGCCAUCCAGUCAGCAACAGCAACAGAUACCAGUGCGCCUAACGUCCUCGCCUCCCUUGCAGCGGAAUCCUGAAGAAACAACGUUCACUACGACUAUAACAACAACUACUACAAGAGUAGCAAACCAGCACGGUAGACGUUAUGACAAGUCGCCAACCUGGGAACGUAAGGAUGACAAUUUUGAAUCGAGGUCAUCCAGAACGAAGAGAACGCGUCAUGAACCUCAGCCGGAACCAUUGCCUAUUAAACAGACCCACAGAAAAGAUCAAAAGACGGGCAAAAAGACAGCUCCUGUUCCUGAAGCCAACGGUUUUAGCUCGACGGAGAGCAAACCGAGUCCAGCCCCGAUCCUGUUGGAGCAAAAACAGCCUGAGACCAAAACUGUUAAGUCAAAGAAGCAGAAAAAGACAAUUGACCACGACACAGUCGCAACAAUUGAGCCUAAACCGGAACCAGCUACCACAAAUCCAGUGCCAGCCAAGAGGGAGAAGAAAACAUCCCCUGUUUUGGAUAAAAAGCAAACUGUGGUCGAGAAGACUGUGAUAACUAGCAAAUCGGUUGAUCUGGCUGUUAUCCCUGUUCCGGUUGUGGAAUCUACUCCUGCCCCGUCGAAUACCGAAAAGAAAUCCAAACAAGCCAAGAAUGUUGAGAACAUCAAUGUGGAAAUUAAGGAAACUGCACCAGUUCCCCCCGCAAGAAAAGAAAAGAAACCAACAAAGCCUGUGGAGCAAAAGCCUAGCUCUAAAAUUGUUGAGCCUGUCGUUGAAAAGGUGCCUACUCAAUCGGUUGCGGUUGAGCCCAAAAUUCAGGCAGAACCCGAAGUAAAGCAACAAACGGAAAUUUUUGUGGAACAGACGGUAACUAUUCCAUUGCCACCUACUAGAAAGGAAAAGAAACGGCCCAAGUCUAAGGAAGUUGUUCCAAAAACUGAACCUUCACCCAAGAUUGUUUCAGUAGAGCCUGAAGCUCCAGUCAAGGAUGUUUCUGCAAAGUCUGAGGUUCCAGCCAAUGAUAUUUCUGUAGAGCCUGAGGCUCCUGCCAAGGUUGUUUCAGUGGAGCCUGUGGCUCCAGCCAGGGAUAUUUCUGUGGAGCCUGAAGCUCCAUCCAAAAAUACUUAUGUAGAGCCCGAAGCUUCAGUCAAGGAUAUUCCUGUAGAACCUGUCGCUAAGAAAGAACGUAAACGCACUAAAAAGGAUGCUAAGCAGGUUACGGUGGAAGUUUCUCCUGAAACAAGUCACAUCACAACUGAAACGACAGACACUACUUCUCUGCUCCCUCAGGUUGUCACCUCCACCGAUAUUGGCGAAACCAUUAUUGAAGGUGAACCAACAGUUACUACAUCUACAAACACCAUAUCUACGGAAAGUGGAACUACAACCAUUACAACUCGAACCAUUACCAAACAUAUAACCAAGCGUAUCGUGAAGCGUAUUGUAGAUGGAAAGGAGGAAAUUGUUGAGGAGGAUGUUAUCGAUGAUUUGCCGGAGGAAAAUAUUUCUGUUGAGCAGUAUAACUUGCCGACUGUCCAAACCACUAGCAGCGAAGUGCCUGUUGAUGUGUCAGGAUUUUCUACAGCCCAAGAUACAAUUGUACAGCAAGGAUCCAUAACUAAGACGGUUAUAACUAAAACGAAGCGAAUCCUUAAGCGCAUCAAUGAAGUUGGAGAGGAGAUAAUCGAAGAGGUCUUUGAAGAUGAGCCGGAAGUAGAGCGCGAUGUUACCUUGCUUCCAACUACUGUUGUGACUUCCACGGUUUGCAGCACAGAGAAGCAGCCAAGUUCCUUGGAAAUCAUUGAAGAUGUAGCUCAAAAUGUUGUGGACGACGUUCUAAAACAGGCCGAGGAAAUAACCCAACCAAAAAUAUCUGAUAAGAAGCCAGUUCCUACUGAACCCGAAAUAAAGAAAGAAGUCGUGGCUACCGUAGUAGAAGAAUCGGAGCAGAAGAAGCCGAAAAAGCCUUCUAGGAAAGACAAGAAAAAGCAAAAGAAAUCCGAGAGUGAAGAGGUUUUCCAAAUUGUCGAACCGCAGCCACAAAUAGAAAUAACAGAGCCCCUGAACGUAACAAGUGCAAUUAAAACCGAUAGUAAGCCAACUAUUUUGUCUGAGGAAACUGCGGCGAGCGAUGAUGGCCUCGUAAAGACUACAGUCAUCCGUACUACCAAAAUCGUCAAGAAAAUUAACAGCAGCCAGCAGGAAAGUCAGGACAUGUUGUCUUCAACGCAUUCAGAUGUCCUUUCUUCGGUUAGUUCCCAAUCCGAGGAGCCUGUUGAGCCACCCAAGGUAGUUAAGUCGGAAACCAAUAGCCGAGAAAUCAGCGAUGAGGGUGUGGUGAAGACAACCAAAACGACCACCACUAAAACCAUCAAAUCUCCAAAGGCCGAAGCUGUACUUGUGGAACCCGUUUUGGACGUACCAACUGUAACGGAAAAUGUUUUACCAGAUGCUGAAGACAAUGUAGAAGGCGGUGUGAUAAAGACAACUAUUGUCCGCACCACUAGGAUCGUUAAGAAAAUCUCCCAGGAAACUGAAAUUAGCGAGGCCAGCAGCGAAUCUGAAUGCUCCUCCCUACCUAUUGUCGACACAAUCAUUCAAGAUGCUCCAAUAGUAGCGGAGUCGGUCACGACUGAAUCGAAUGGCGAAGGCAUCACUAAGACCACUACUACGCGAACAACGAAAGCUGUGAACAAGAACGUUUUCAGCGAAAGUGUGGAUAUCGCAUUCAACCCAUCAGAUGUUCCAGUAGAAACAGAGACCAACCUUGAGGAGAAUGUUCAGCCAAAUGUGGAAAUCGUUUCAACUGGUGUGGAAGACAAGCUUAUAUUCCCCUCCUCAAAUAGUGAUGUACCUCAGUCUAUCAGGAUUCAAUCGACUCUCGUAGAUUUCAUUGAAGCUGAGAAAAAUGCAUCUAUUAAGUCUCUUGAGCCUGUAAAGGAAUUGGUGCCCGAGGAACCUAUUCAGUUGGGUACUACCGAGGAAUCCGAGCUUUCUAGUCCUGGUGAUGUGGUCAAGACCACAAUCGUGAGAACGACAAAAAUUGUCAAAAAGAUCGCUCAAAACUCUGAACAACAGGCUAUUGAAGUGUCAAACCCCGAGAAGGAAGCUAAUAAGCCUGAACCUGUGCAGACAGUUGAAGAUGCCAAUGGUGGUGUAACUAAGACUACAACCGUGCGUACGACAAAAAUCGUUAAGAAGCUGAACGAAGAUGGGGAAACUACCACUGAAGAGAGCAGCACUACCAGUGACCCGAUUAUUGUGCGGGAAGCUUCUCCAGCGAUCUCGGAAGUCCCUAGCGAAACCUCAACCGUAUCUAGUCAAAUUGAUGGCGCAAUUAUUAAAACUACGACAAUCCGGACAAUGCGUAUUACGAAGAGGAUAACGAAUGAUGGACGCAUACUUUUGACGGAAAGCGAAGCGCCUAGUGACGUUGUCGUCACGUCGAGUAUUGAAAUGCCCGAUCAAAGACCCAUCAGUCCGAUAGUAUCGUCGCGAGCAUCGUCUCCGGCUGUGACGCCUAGCAGUGAAUUAAGGAUUGACAGUUUGGGUGAAAACAUUCAGAUAGGAGUGAAGGAUAGUCCGACUGGGGUGAAGGUUAUUGGAAUCGAGACAAGCACUAUUGAGUUGCCAAAGUUGGGUGAAACGACGACAAACGGGGCUGUGAACGAGACAAAUAGUAUUACCACUACUACGACUACUACCAAGAAUACGAUACUCACGACUACGCAACGACGAAGCUUCGAAACCGAAGAUGGCACAAAUGUUCUUUUCGUGGGAGAAGGCAUUGACGGUGCCUUCCCACCGGGCACAGUCCAGAAGAUUUCUCUCAUUACUCAUGAAGAAAAACUGAAGACACCUAUCGUGAAAAUGCAUCUUGAUUUUCCGGAGGUCAGUCUUCAGGUGACAGAAACAGUGACCGAAAACGUGGAGUCCCUGAAUAGAACUGCCGAUUCUAGUAAGAAUACAGUUGUUGAAGUAGUCGAGUCGUCUGUGCCAGAACUUCCUGUAGUACAAGAGCCCAUAUUAGAACCCCCUGUAGCUAAACUUAUUGAAGAGCCUGUUCCAGUAGAUGACUCCAAGAGUACCCAACCUAUAGCCGCCUCUGAACUGAGCCCUGAAGAGCAACAGUUGUUCGAGGAUAUUCAGAAGAAGCUCUCCAAAAAAGAUAAGAAAAAACGUCCAGCUAUCCCCGAAGCGUUUAUUAAGCAAGAAACCUUGCAGGUUCUUACAGAGGAGAGAACAGGUAGUGCAGAUAUUGUUGUAGAUAAUGUGCUAAUUAAUGUAGUUCCGCCCUUAGCAGAGUUAGACGCGUUAGUUUCCAAUAUUUCUCAGGAUGUAUCCCUGGUUUCAAGUGCCAAGACAAUCGACAGUGGCAAAUCAGAAACUUCUAACCAAGAACUAUUAGACUCGGAAGUAGCUUCUGUUCGGUCAAGCCUAGAAGUCGAAAUUUCCCUUAAUAAUGUUCCUGAUCCAGAGAAAUUGCGUUUCAACAUUUCCCAAGAUGCGGCAUUUACCUCUAUUGUCAAGUCUAUUGAGCACGCCAAGGCAGAUGAUCUUUAUCAUGAAACUUCUGAAGUAUAUCCGGUUCCCGAAAUUGUCCCUGUUCAAGUAGAAGAAAAAGUAAAAAGUCCAUCUGAAACUCAGCCCAGCCCUGCCCUCACUAAUAACUCUAAACAAAUUGCUCCUGCCAAUCCAAGCGCAUUAAUAGCUGUGGCUAACUCGGUAAGCACUUUAAAUACAAUAACUAACAUUCAGCCAAUUUCUUCAUUUGAAAAAAUAUUUGAAGUUCCCAAAUUUGACUUAAUUAAGUUUAUUAAUGCCGAGGGUCAAUAUCACAUAAUUAAUUCUAAGCCAGAUGAAGUCAGUACCCCAACUCCAUUAGAACCAACUACUGUUAAUGUUUCGUUACCAAAGACGGUAAGCUUUGAGGACGAAAAAGACAUUAAUACAAGUAGCAUCAGUCAACAAACUCUUCCUGCUAUAUACAACUGGGAAGUUCCAAAAUUCGAUGUCAUAACCCUGAGCAAAGCAGAAGCCUUGCUUAAAAUUGAAGAGACAAAAUCGGUUCCUCCAUCAUUAUCACAAGAACCUGAUACAACUGAACCUGAAAAUAAAACUGAGGAACCAAAGCAAAAGGAGCUUUCGGUUGUCGAAAAGGUAUCCGAACCAGAACCCAUUGUUGAGGUGCCUAUUGUCGAUGAAACCAAGACGUUUACAACUGUAACCACUACCACAGUCACUACCGAAAAAGUCAGCGAGGUUCCAGUUCCUGAGGAAAUCAAAAAGCCAGAGGAACCUGAGAAGAAACCUGAGGAGCCUAAGAAACCAGCCUACGCCGGUCUGCCUGUCGACGAUUCUUCCAGCUCUUGGAUGGAUGUUUUGGAUGAGCCAAUGAACUUCUCGGAUGAAGACGAGCCAGUUUCUGAGCCCCAAAAGGAAGUUACUGUUGUUGAAAAGGUAUCCGAACCAGAACCCAUUGUGGAGGUGCCUGUUGUCGACGAAACCAAGACGAUUACAACUGUAACCACUACCACAGUCACUACCGAAAAAGUCAGCGAGGUUCCAGUUCCUGAGGAAAUCAAAAAGCCAGAGGAACCUGAGAAGAAACCUGAGGAGCCUAAGAAACCAGCCUACGCCGGUCUGCCUGUCGACGAUUCUUCCAGCUCUUGGAUGGAUGUUUUGGAUGAGCCAAUGAACUUCUCGGAUGAAGACGAGCCAGUUUCUGAGCCCCAAAAGGAGGUAACGGUUGUCAAAAAGGUAUCCGUACCAGAACCCAUUGUGGAGGUGCCUGUUGUCGACGAAACCAAGACGAUUACAACUGUAACCACCACCACAGUCACUACCAAAGAGAUCAGUGAGGUUCCAGUUCCUGAGGAAAUCAAAAAGCCAGAGGAACCUGAGAAGAAACCUGAGGAGCCUAAGAAACCAGCCUACGCCGGUCUGCCUGUCGACGAUUCGUCCAGCUCUUGGAUGGAUGUUUUGGAUGAGCCAAUGAACUUCUCGGAUGAAGACGAGCCAGUUUCUGAGCCCCAAAAGAAGGUUACUGUUGUUGAAAAGGUAUCCGAACCAGAACCCAUUGUGGAGGUGCCUGUUUUCGACGAAACCAAGACGAUUGCAACUGUAACCACCACCACAGUCACUACCGAAGAGAUCAGUGAGGUUCCAGUUUCUGAGGAAAUCAAAAAGCCAGAGGAACCUGAGAAGAAACCUGAGGAGCCCAAGAAACCAGCCUACGCCGGUCUACCUGUCGACGAUUCGUCCAGCUCUUGGAUGGAUGUUUUGGAUGAGCCAAUGAACUUCUCGGAUGAAGACGAGCCAGUUUCUGAGCCCCAAAAGGAGGUUACUGUUGUUGAAAAGGUAUCCGAACCAGAACCCAUUGUGGAGGUGCCUGUUGUCGACGAAACCAAGACGAUUACAGCUGUAACCACCACCACAGUCACUACCGAAAAGCUCAGUGAAGUUCCAGUUCCUGAGGAAAUCAAAAAGCCAGAGGAACCUGAGAAGAAACCUGAGGAGCCUAAGAAACCAGCCUACGCCGGUCUGCCUGUUGACGAUUCGUCCAGCUCUUGGAUGGAUGUUUUGGAUGAGCCAAUGAACUUCUCAGAUGAAGACGAGCCAGUUUCUGAGCUCCAAAGGGAGGUUUCUGUUGUCGAAAAGGUAUCCGAACCAGAACCUAUUGUGGAGGUGCCUGUUGUCGACGAAACCAAGACGAUUACAACUGUAACCACCACCACAGUCACUACCGAAAAGGUCAGCGAGAUUCCAGUUCCUGAAGAAAUCAAAAAGCCCCAGGAACUUGAGGAUUCGAUUCAUCCAGGUAAUGCUCAACAGGAAAAGCCAUUGGAAGAGCCUAUAGAUACAUGGUCCAGUGUUCUUGAGGAUUCCGCUCCUAGUAGCGGCAACAUUGGAUUCACUUCUAGUUUGUCCGCUGAUGCUCCAGAGUUUACGCCCUCUUAUUUGAGGAAUUCCUAUUCGGACCAGACACAUACAUUCCUUGCUAAUGAGCGGGUAUACAACGAGUUCAUUCCCAGAAAUAGAACAGAGGCGGCUGUGUUGCCAAAACAGAAAGCUAAGAAAGCAAAACCGCCAAAACGCCAAAAUAAGAAGGCCGAAAUUCAGGAUGAGGUAAAACCUGCGCCGAUAGAGUAUGUGCAAGAGCCUUUCGAUGUUGUCGAGGAUGUUGACAACGUAUGGACCAGAAACCGUGAUGGAAAAUCGUAUGCUGACGUCCUAUUGAAUUCCCGUGUUGUAGAGGAUGCUGUAGCUACUGCGAUUGAGAGUCCAACAAAAUCUUUAUCUGAACCAAAACCUGUCGAAGUUAAACCACCUUUAAGCCAACCAAAGACAAAACAGGAAAAACGCAAGGCUGUGGAGAAACUAAAGCCCACAAUAAUUAUAGAGAGCGACAAAUCAAAGACCAGUACAGAUAACGAGCAGUCCCAACCAACAACUGAUAGCGAUCUGUCGAAAACUACUGACAGCUCCAAGGAACCGUCAUCUGAUGAGAGAGAAGCUUCAAGUACUUCGGAGCUUACAUGGUCAGCUCUUGUGCGUAGACCUGGAGAAUGGUCAGAUACAACACUGGUCAAGAAGGAAACCUCCCAAACAACAGUUGUAUCAACAACAGAGACAAAGUCCCGUAAAAAGGAAAAGGAAGAGCCUAAAAAGGUCGCAAAGCCCAAAAAGACAAAGAAGCCGAAGAAACCAAUUGUUGAACCGGCAUCGACCACAUCUGAAGAUGAGCUGCCUGAAGCUUUGCCUGCCACAACAUUAACGGAGCUCAAACCGUCAGAGCUUGAUCUGGAACAAGGUAAAAUCGAAGAACAAAGCAGUGGCUUCUCUUGGGCUUCCCUUGUUAAGAGGCCUGGUGAGUGGAUUGAUAACACAGUUACUCAUAUAAAAACAGCUGUAAAUUCUUCCACUGAGACAAAGGAUCCUGCUAGAAAAGAGAAACCAGAGAAGCUGAAGAAACAGAAACCUAAAAAGAAGGCCGAUGCUAAGAUACCAGCCUCUGAUCCUGAGCCUGAAAUACACAGUGAACCAAUUAAGGAUGUUGUGAUUGAACCCGAGGAAAAGGUUGAAGUCCGCAAGCCGGAGGAAACGACUGGUAAUGCAUUCUCUUGGGCUUCGUUGGUGAAGAAACCUGGUGAGUGGGUCGACGACAUAGCCUCCCGUAAGAAAAUAGUGGAACCGUCCAGAGAGGAACCUAAAGAUGAGUCAAAUGUCAAAAAAAUCAUUAAGGUCGAGAAAACUGUAAAGAAAGAAAAGCGGAUCAAACCUAACAAGCCUGUGGCUCAAGAGGAAAAACACGAACCUGAAAUCUUGUCCCCAACGUCUGAUGAGAGUGAAGUGGUUGAGCCCCUACAGAGACCCGAUGAUAAUACUAUUACUUGGGCUAAAAUUGCUAGUCAAAUCGAUCAUAUGACAGACUUAACACCCAAGGAGAAGAAAGAGGUGAAACAACUGCAGCCUGAACAUACUUCUAAAAUCAAGCGUCACGAAAUUAAGACGAAAGUUAAAGUCAGUCAUGGUCCUGAAGUUGAUAAAAAUCAGAAACAAUUACAAAGUUCCUGGUCAUCUGUACUGAGUCAUCAAACUACAGAGUUUAUUGAAGCUGAAAAGACAACACAAAAACCGAAGGCUGAAAAGCCAAAGAAGCAGGUACAGAUUGUGGAAUUACCUUUUGAGUCUGAAACACAUAAACCUCAAAAGUCCUGGGCUGAAAUGAUUGACGAUGGCGCCGAUGACAUUGUGGUAGAACCUAAAUCUUGGAAAGAUUUGAUUGAAGACGAAAUGGAAAUUCCACUUCUUCCUGAAAAUGGAGAGGAAGCCAAUAUAAACAAAAUUCUCGAAACAAUGCAGGAAAUGAAAUCCAGUAUCGAAGAAAAACCGAUCACUUCUGUCACCACCAUCUCCACAGUCAACGAAAAGGUGAGUGAGGUUCCCGUUCCUGAAGAAUCCAAAAAACCAGUCGAACCUGAGACGAAACUUGAGGAACCCAAGAAACCAGCCUACGCCGGUCUGCCUGUUGUCGACGAAACCAAGACAAUGACAACUGUAACCACCACCACAGUCACUACCGAAAAGGUCACCGAGGUUCCAGUUCCUGAGGAAAUCAAAAAGCCAGAGGAACCUGAGAAGAAACCUGAGGAGCCCAAGAAACCAGCCUACGCCGGUCUACCUGUCGACGAUUCUUCCAGCUCUUGGAUGGAUGUUUUGGAUGAGCCAAUGAACUUCUCGGAUGAAGACGAGCCAGUUUCUGAGCCCCAAAAGGAGGUUACUGUUGUUGAAAAGGUAUCCGAACCAGAACCCAUUGUGGAGGUGCCUGUUUUCGACGAAACCAAGACGAUUACAACUGUAACCACCACCACAGUCACUACCGAAGAGAUCAGUGAGGUUCCAGUUUCUGAGGAAAUCAAAAAGCCAGAGGAACCUGAGAAGAAACCUGAGGAGCCCAAGAAACCAGCCUACGCCGGUCUGCCUGUUGACGAUUCGUCCAGCUCUUGGAUGGAUGUUUUGGAUGAGCCAAUGAACUUCUCGGAUGAAGACGAGACAGUUUCAGAGCCCCAAAAGGAGGUUACUAUUGUCGAAAAGGUAUCCAAACCAGAACCCAUUGUGGAAGUGCCUGUUGUCGACGAAACCAAGACGAUUACAACUGUAACCACCACCACAGUCACUACCGAAAAGGUCACCGAUGUUCCAGUUCCUGAGGAAAUCAAAAAGCCAGAGGAACCUGAGAAGAAACCUGAGGAGCCCAAGAAACCAGCCUACGCCGGUCUGCCUGUUGACGAUUCGUCCAGCUCUUGGAUGGAUGUUUUGGAUGAGCCAAUGAACUUUUCGGAUGAAGACGAGCCAGUUUCUGAGCCCCAAAAGGAGGUUACUGUUGUCGAAAAGGUAUCCGAACCAGAACCCAUUGUGGAGGUGCCUGUUGUCGACGAAACCAAGACGAUUACAACUGUAACCACCACCACAGUCACUACCGAAAAGGUCAGCGAAGUUCCAGUUCCUGAAGAAACCAAAAAGCCAGAGGAACCUGAGAAGAAACCUGAGGAGCCCAAGAAACCAGCCUACGCCGGUCUGCCUGUUGACGAUUCGUCCAGCUCUUGGAUGGAUGUUUUGGAUGAGCCAAUGAACUUCUCGGAUGAAGACGAGCUAGUUUCUGAGCCCCAAAAGGAGGGUACUGUUGUCGAAAAGGUAUCCGCACCAGAACCCAUUGUGGAGGUGCCUGUUGUCGACGAAACCAAGACGAUUACAACUGUAACCACCACCACAGUCACUACCGAAAAGGUCAGCGAAGUUCCAGUUCCUGAAGAAACCAAAAAGCCAGAGGAACCUGAGAAGAAACCUGAGGAGCCCAAGAAACCAGCCUACGCCGGUCUGCCUGUUGACGAUUCGUCCAGCUCUUGGAUGGAUGUUUUGGAUGAGCCAAUGAACCUCUCGGAUGAAGACGAGCCAGUUUCUGAGCCCCAAAAGGAGGUUACUGUUGUCGAAAAGGUAUCCGAACCAGAACCCAUUGUGGAGGUGCCUGUUGUCGACGAAACCAAGACGAUUACAACUGUAACCACCACCACAGUCACUACCGAAGAGAUCAGUGAGGUUCCAGUUCCUGAGGAAAUCAAAAAGCCAGAGAAACCUGAGAAGAAACCUGAGGAGCCCAAGAAACCAGCCUACGCCGGUCUGCCUGUUGACGAUUCGUCCAGCUCUUGGAUGGAUGUUUUGGAUGAGCCAAUGAACUUCCCGGAUGAAGACGAGCCAGUUUCAGAGCCCCAAAAGGAGGUUACUAUUGUCGAAAAGGUAUCCGAACCAGAACCCAUUGUGGAAGUGCCUGUUGUCGACGAAACCAAAACGAUUACAACUGUAACCACCACCACAGUCACUACCGAAAAGGUCAGCGAGGUUCCAGUUCCUGAGGAAAUCAAAAAGCCAGAGGAACCUGAGAAGAAACCUGAGGAGCCCAAGAAACCAGCCUACGCCGGUCUGCCUGUUGACGAUUCGUCCAGCUCUUGGAUGGAUGUUUUGGAUGAGCCAAUGAACCUCUCGGAUGAAGACGAGCCAGUUUCUGAGCCCCAAAAGGAGGUUACUGUUGUCGAAAAGGUAUCCGAACCAGAACCCAUUGUGGAGGUGCCUGUUGUCGACGAAACCAAGACGAUUACAACUGUAACCACCACCACAGUCACUACCGAAGAGAUCAGUGAGGUUCCAGUUCCUGAGGAAAUCAAAAAGCCAGAGGAACCUGAGAAGAAACCUGAGGAGCCCAAGAAACCAGCCUACGCCGGUCUGCCUGUUAACGAUUCUUCCAGCUCUUGGAUGGAUGUUUUGGAUGAGCCAAUGAACUUCUCUGAUGAAGAUGAGCCAGUUUCUGAGCCCCAAGAGGAGGUUACGGCUAUCAAAAAGGUAUCCGAACCAAGACCCAUUGUGGAGGUGCCUGGGGUCGACGAAACCAAGACCAUUACAAGUGUAACCAUCACCACAGAUUCCACUGAAACUGCCAACAAUGUUAUUUUCACAGACAUAAAGAAGCCUGUGGAAGCGCAGAAAAAAUUGGUUACCGUUUCAGAAGAUAUCCAAAUACUGACACCCAAGCCGACUAAUGUCUGGGAAUUACAUUCAUCUUAUGCUGAUGUUGUUAAACAUACAGAAGAUUUUAUUGAUUUGGAAAAGAAAAAUGUGGACAAACUCCACCAUUCAAAAAUCUCCAGUAUUGAACCCAAGGAAGAAGUGUCUCUAGUUGUGAAAGAGACGGUUAAACAAUCGAAAAAAGCUCAGAAAAAACCGAAGAAAACUACCAAAGAUAUUUCUUCCAGUGACUAUGCUGAGCCUCCAGUUGAAGUUGAAGUCAGUCCGGUGAGAGACUCGUGGUCAGCAAUGGUCGAAGAAGACUUGGACAAAUAUAGUGAAAUAAAUCAGCCAAAGACCAGUGGUACAUUAUGGUCAUCAAUUGUGCGACAAGGCAUACAGGAACCAUCUACAAAAAUAACCCAAAUUGAUGAACGUGACCCAGUGACUUUCCAAACAACCGCAAACUCGCAAGAUUUUAUCAGCCAGGAACAAAUUUUCUCUUCUGUGGUAAACGACAAAUCCCAGAAAAAAUCAAAGAAAGAUAAAAAGAUUCCUAAAGUUGCUGAAACUGUGAAAACAAUUUUAGUAGAUGAAGUGUCAAACGUGGAGGACGUAAUCUCAACUACAGAACAAGCUGCACCUGAGUUAUCCUGGUCUUCUAUUGUGUCCCAAACUACUGAGGUGACAACCACUACAACCGACACCCAUACCGUCGAAACGCCUGAAGAAAAGCUUUUGGAAGAAAAACCCAAGAAGCAAAAGCCGAAGAAGGAGAAGAAACCGAAGGCAGAACCUGUUGUUGAAGCUGUGGUGCCUGAACCAGAAGUAGAACCGAUUGUGGAAGCACCAGUAGUCGAAGAACCUGUGGUUGAAGUGACCCUAGUGGAGGAAAUUACACCAGCUCCCGAACCUGAAGCAGCUCCACAACUAUCCUGGUCGUCUAUUGUGUCCCAAAAUACUGAGGUGACAACCACUACAACCGACACCCAUACCGUCGAAACUCCUGAAGAAAAGCUUUUGGAAGAAAAACCCAAGAAGCAAAAGCCGAAGAAGGAGAAGAAACCGAAGGCAGAACCUGUUGUUGAAGCUGUGGUGCCUGAACCAGAAGUAGAACCGAUUGUGGAAGCACCAGUAGUCGAAGAACCUGUGGUUGAAGUGACCCUAGUGGAGGAAAUUACACCAGCUCCCGAACCUGAAGCAGCUCCACAACUAUCCUGGUCGUCUAUUGUGUCCCAAACUACUGAGGUGACAACCACUACAACCGACACCCAUACCGUCGAAACUCCUGAAGAAAAGCUUUUGGAAGAAAAACCCAAGAAGCAAAAGCCGAAGAAGGAGAAGAAACCGAAGGCAGAACCUGUUGUUGAAGCUGUGGUGCCUGAACCAGAAGUAGAACCGAUUGUGGAAGCACCAAUAGUCGAAGAACCAGUGGUUGAAGUGACCCUAGUGGAGGCAAUUACACCAGCUCCUGAACCUGAAGCAGCUCUACAACUAUCCUGGUCGUCUAUUGUGUCCCAAACUACUGAGGUGACAACCACUACAACCGACACCCAUACCGUCGAAACGCCUGAAGAAAAGCUUUUGGAAGAAAAACCCAAGAAGCAAAAGCCGAAGAAGGAGAAGAAACCGAAGGCAGAACCUGUUGUUGAAGCUGUGGUGCCUGAACCAGAAGUAGAACCGAUUGUGGAAGCACCAGUAGUCGAAGAACCUGUGGUUGAAGUGACCCUAGUGGAGGAAAUUACACCAGCUCCCGAACCUGAAGCAGCUCCACAACUAUCCUGGUCGUCUAUUGUGUCCCAAACUACUGAGGUGACAACCACUACAACCGACACCCAUACCGUCGAAACUCCUGAAGAAAAGCUUUUGGAAGAAAAACCCAAGAAGCAAAAGCCGAAGAAGGAGAAGAAACCAAAGGCAGAACCUGUUGUUGAAGCUGUGGUGCCUGAACCAGAAGUAGAACCGAUUGUGGAAGCACCAGUAGUCGAAGAACCUGUGGUUGAAGUGACCCUAGUGGAGGAAAUUACACCAGCUCCCGAACCUGAAGCAGCUCCACAACUAUCCUGGUCGUCUAUUGUGUCCCAAACUACUGAGGUGACAACCACUACAACCGACACCCAUACCGUCGAAACUCCUGAAGAAAAGCUUUUGGAAGAAAAACCCAAGAAGCAAAAGCCGAAGAAGGAGAAGAAACCGAAGGCAGAACCUGUUGUUGAAGCUGUGGUGCCUGAACCAGAAGUAGAACCGAUUGUGGAAGCACCAAUAGUCGAAGAACCAGUGGUUGAUGUGACCCUAGUGGAGGCAAUUACACCAGCUCCUGAACCUGAAGCAGCUCUACAACUAUCCUGGUCGUCUAUUGUGUCCCAAACUACUGAGGUGACAACCACUACAACCGACACCCAUACCGUCGAAACUCCUGAAGAAAAGCUUUUGGAAGAAAAACCCAAGAAACAAAAGCCGAAGAAGGAGAAGAAACCGAAGGCAGAACCUGUUGUUGAAGCUGUGGUGCCUGAACCAGAAGUAGAACCGAUUGUGGAAGCACCAGUAGUCGAAGAACCUGUGGUUGAAGUGACCCUAGUGGAGGAAAUUACACCAGCUCCCGAACCUGAAGCAGCUCCACAACUAUCCUGCUCGUCUAUUGUGUCCCAAACUACUGAGGUGACAACCACUACAACCGACACCCAUACCGUCGAAACUCCUGAAGAAAAGCUUUUGGAAGAAAAACCCAAGAAGCAAAAGCCGAAGAAGGAGAAGAAACCGAAGGCAGAACCUGUUGUUGAAGCUGUGGUGCCUGAACCAGAAGUAGAACCGAUUGUGGAAGCACCAGUAGUCGAAGAACCUGUGGUUGAAGUGACCCUAGUGGAGGAAAUUACACCAGCUCCCGAACCUGAAGCAGCUCCACAACUAUCCUGCUCGUCUAUUGUGUCCCAAACUACUGAGGUGACAACCACUACAACCGACACCCAUACCGUCGAAACUCCUGAAGAAAAGCUUUUGGAAGAAAAACCCAAGAAGCAAAAGCCGAAGAAGGAGAAGAAACCGAAGGCAGAACCUGUUGUUGAAGCUGUGGUGCCUGAACCAGAAGUAGAACCGAUUGUGGAAGCACCAGUAGUCGAAGAACCUGUGGUUGAAGUGACCCUAGUGGAGGAAUUUACACCAGCUCCCGAACCUGAAGCAGCUCCACAACUAUCCUGGUCGUCUAUUGUGUCCCAAACUACUGAGGUGACAACCACUACAACCGACACCCAUACCGUCGAAACUCCUGAAGAAAAGCUUUUGGAAGAAAAACCCAAGAAGCAAAAGCCGAAGAAGGAGAAGAAACCGAAGGCAGAACCUGUGGUGCCUGAACCAGAAGUAGAACCGAUUGUGGAAGCACCAAUAGUCGAAGAACCAGUGGUUGAAGUGACCCUAGUGGAGGAAAUUACACCAGCUCCCGAACCUGAAGCAGCUCCACAACUAUCCUGGUCGUCUAUUGUGUCCCAAACUACUGAAGUGACAACCACUACAACCGACACCCAUACCGUCGAAACUCCUGAAGAAAAGCUUUUGGAAGAAAAACCCAAGAAACAAAAGCCGAAGAAGGAGAAGAAACCAAAGGCAGAACCUGUUGUUGAAGCUGUGGUUCCUGAACCAGAGGUAGAGCCGAUUGUGGAAGCACCAGUAGUCGAAGAACCUGUGGUUGAAGUGACCCUAGUGGAGGAAAUUACACCAGCUCCCGAACCUGAAGCAGCUCCACAACUAUCCUGGUCGUCUAUUGUGUCCCAAACUACUGAGGUGACAACAACUACAACCGACACCCAUACCGUCGAAACUCCUGAAGAAAAGCUUUUGGAAGAAAAACCCAAGAAACAAAAGCCGAAGAAGGAGCAGAAACCGAAGGCAGAUCCUGUUGUUGAAGCUGUGGUGCCUGAACCAGAAGUAGAACCGAUUGUGGAAGCACCAGUAGUCGAAGAACCUGCGGUUGAACUGACCCUGGAGGAGGAAAUUACACCAGCUCCCGAACCUGAAGCAGCUCCACAACUUUCCUGGUCGUCUAUUGUGUCCCAAACUACUGAGGUGACAACAACUACAACCGACACCCAUACCGUCGAAACUCCUGAAGAAAAGCUUUUGGAAGAAAAACCCAAGAAGCAAAAGCCGAAGAAGGAGAAGAAACCGAAGGCAGAACCUGUUGUUGAAGCUGUGGUUCCUGAACCAGAGGUAGAGCCGAUUGUGGAAGCACCAGUAGUCGAAGAACCUGUGGUUGAACUGACCCUAGUGGAGGAAAUUACACCAGCUCCCGAACCUGAAGCAGCUCCACAACUAUCCUGGUCGUCUAUUGUGUCCCAAAAUACUGAGGUGACAACCACUACAACCGACACCCAUACCGUCGAAACUCCUGAAGAAAAGCUUUUGGAAGAAAAACCCAAGAAACAAAAGCCGAAGAAGGAGAAGAAACCAAAGGCAGAACCUGUUGUUGAAGCUGUGGUUCCUGAACCAGAGGUAGAGCCGAUUGUGGAAGCACCAGUAGUCGAAGAACCUGUGGUUGAAGUGACCCUAGUGGAGGAAAUUACACCAGCUCCCGAACCUGAAGCAGCUCCACAACUAUCCUGGUCGUCUAUUGUGUCCCAAACUACUGUGGUGACAACCACUACAACCGACACCCAUAACGUCGAAAAUCCUGAAGAAAAGCUUUUGGAAGAAAAACCCAAGAAACAAAAGCCGAAGAAGGAGCAGAAACCGAAGGCAGAUCCUGUUGUUGAAGCUGUGGUGCCUGAACCAGAAGUAGAACCGAUUGUGGAAGCACCAGUAGUCGAAGAACCUGCGGUUGAACUGACCCUGGAGGAGGAAAUUACACCAGCUCCCGAACCUGAAGCAGCUCCACAACUUUCCUGGUCGUCUAUUGUGUCCCAAACUACUGAGGUGACAACAACUACAACCGACACCCAUACCGUCGAAACUCCUGAAGAAAAGCUUUUGGAAGAAAAACCCAAGAAGCAAAAGCCGAAGAAGGAGAAGAAACCGAAGGCAGAACCUGUUGUUGAAGCUGUGGUGCCUGAACCAGAAGUAGAACCGAUUGUGGAAGCACCAGUAGUCGAAGAACCUGUGGUUGAAGUGACCCUAGUGGAGGAAAUUACACCAGCUCCCGAACCUGAAGCAGCUCCACAACUAUCCUGGUCGUCUAUUGUGUCCCAAACUACUGAGGUGACAACCACUACAACCGACACCCAUACCGUCGAAACUCCUGAAGAAAAGCUUUUGGAAGAAAAACCCAAGAAGCAAAAGCCGAAGAAGGAGAAGCCGAAGGCAGAACCUGUUGUUGAAGCUGUGGUGCCUGAACCAGAAGUAGAACCGAUUGUGGAAGUACCAGUAGUCGAAGAACCUGUGGUUGAAGUGACCCUAGUGGAGGAAAUUACACCAGCUCCCGAACCUGAAGCAGCUCCACAACUAUCCUGGUCGUCUAUUGUGUCCCAAACUACUGAGGUGACAACCACUACAACCGACACCCAUACCGUCGAAACUCCUGAAGAAAAGCUUUUGGAAGAAAAACCCAAGAAGCAAAAGCCGAAGAAGGAGAAGAAACCGAAGGCAGAACCUGUUGUUGAAGCUGUGGUGCCUGAACCGAUUGUGGAAGUAGAACCGAUUGUGGAAGCACCAAUAGUCGAAGAACCAGUGGUUGAAGUGACCCUAGUGGAGGAAAUUACACCAGCUCCCGAACCUGAAGCAGCUCCACAACUAUCCUGGUCGUCUAUUGUGUCCCAAACUACUGAGGUGACAACCACUACAACCGACACCCAUACCGUCGAAACUCCUGAAGAAAAGCUUUUGGAAGAAAAACCCAAGAAGCAAAAACCGAAGAAGGAGAAGAAACCGAAGGCAGAACCUGUUGUUGAAGCUGUGGUGCCUGAACCAGAAGUAGAACCGAUUGUGGAAGCACCAAUAGUCGAAGAACCAGUGGUUGAAGUGACCCUAGUGGAGGAAAUUACACCAGCUCCCGAACCUGAAGCAACUCCACAACUAUCCUGGUCGUCUAUAGUGUCCCAAACUACUGAGGUGACAACAACUACAAUCGACACCCAUACCGUCGAAACUCCUGAAGAAAAGCUUUUGGAAGAAAAAUCCAAGAAACAAAAGCCGAAGAAGGAGAAGAAACCCAAGGUUAAGCCCGUUGUUGAACAUUUUGUGUCAGAACCAGACGUAGAACCGAUUGAGAAAGCUCCAGUAGUCGAAGAACCUGUAGUUGACGUGAAGCCAUUGGUGAAUGUGUCUCCCCCGCUUGUCAUGUCGUGGUCUUCUAUUGUGUCGCAGACCAUUGAAGAGAAACCACAAACCGUCACAGAAAUCAUUGCUGGAAAGGACUCUCAGAUCACAGUCUCACGCGAAGGUGACAAUGAAGGCAAUGUGAAGAAAACAAAGUCGAAGAGGGAAAGGAAACCAAACAAGCCCAUUUCCGAAUUUAUCACUGAAGAUACUGUUGAUAAAUUAGAAUCUUCUCUCUCUAAGCCUUUAUCGCGUUGGUCGACUUUAGAAUUCCAAACAACAGAAUCCGAAACCGUGACCAAAACAACACAGAGUACACCGAAGUCUCAUGAUAUUAACAAGUUCAUAGCUCAGGAACAACAUUUCUCUAAUGUUGUUAAUGACAAGUCUAAAAAUCAGAAACCCAAAAAGGAAAAGAAACAUAGUAAGGUGGAGCCAAUAAGACAGCCUGUGGCAGAGAAUGUGUCAGUUACAGAAGGAAUAAUAUCGUCCAAUAAUGUAAAACCAGUUCCUGAAAUUUUACCAACCCAAACUUUGUCGUGGUCAUCGAUUGUGUCUCAUAAUAUAGACUUGACGCCAACAUUUACCGAUACGCGUCAUCCUGAAAAGGAAGAUGAUAUUCCCACCUUACACGACAAUAAGGAGAUCGGGUCUUCGCCUUUUGAUUUGCCAACCUAUGAGCAACCAACAUCGGAGCAGCAACAUCAACCACAAAUCGUGGAAGCCCCAGUGGAAAUCGAAAGUACCUCAGGAUCGAUAACUCCAGAGUUCCGCAUCCAGCUUCCGAACCCAACAAAAUCUUCAGUCUGGUCAUCAUCAGAAACUUAUGCCGAGGUGGUUAAGAAAUCUGGCUACAGUCACAACACAAACAUAAUAUACAAGAAUAUUGAAACUGUCAAGCCAAAACAGAACAAAAAACCGCAGGCUCCCGAAGUCCAGCCGCAAGAAGUUUUGGGAGAGUUCCCUGAUCCUGUCAUUCCAUCUGUAGAAAACACAGAAACAGAAACCUAUUUCGAGAAACCAUCUCAGUUGUCUUGGAAGGAACUUAUAGAUGAGGAUGAAAUAGAUCCGACGGAGAUUUGGUACCAAGAACCCAUCAAGGAAAUAAGUACACAGGUUUCAGUGCCACAAAGACCCUCUCGAACCACUGAGAAACCAACAAUACAAAUAUCCGAAGAAGUUUUUGCUGAAAUAGAACCGCAGCCGGAAAGCGAACAAGGAUUUUUGGAAAUAACUUCUAAGAAAAGAAAUAGAUCUCGUUCGCGAUCACAACACUCCCAGACCUCAAACGUGGAUGAAAAACCACUAAAGAAGAAAUCGAAGAAACCUAAAGAAAGGAAACCAGAAACCGUUGUCCAGCAACAAACCGAACCGAUAAGCGUUGAACCCACUAUUGAACAAGAACCAGAAGCUAAAACUGACACGGUAGAACCUCCAGCUCCUGUACCGUCUCUGUACACCUCUGGAAUGUCUUGGGCAGCCAUAGCUGCGCACAAUGUACCAGAACCUGCUCAACAAAUAAGGCCUCUGUUGGUGGAAACCAAGUCGGUAGUGGUAGAAGACGUUAAGAAUGCUAGACUUGGUCAACCCGUUAGUAUUCCCCUAACCUUUGAAACCUCAGAAACGAAGUCCAAAAAACCAAAACAAAAGUCCAAGCGGAAGUCGCCUUCUGACGUGGUUGAUUUUAUUAACGCGGAAAAAUCGGCUCACCAAACAGCUCCAACAACGCAAUCCCAAAAAUCCAUUACCGAGCAGCCAUCUCUAUCCGAGAAACUUCCUGCAGUAGAGCCAUUACCCGAGAGUCCAGAAAAAACAGCAAAGACCGUUGAUAUUGUAGUUGUAUCAAAGAGUGAAACACCAGUAGCUCCGUACGAAGCGCCCCUGGCACCAUUUGAGACCAUACCCGAGCCUUCUGACUCUGAACCCAUUCCGCCUCCAAAAGAGGAAUCGGUUCCUUUGGUCGAUGAAACCAAAACGAUCACUACUGUAACCACCACGAUAGUCACCACUGAAAAGCUGAACGAGGUUUCUGACACAAAAGAACUUGUUAAGCCUGAGGAGCCGAAAAAGCCAGCCUACGCUGGUCUUCCUGUAGACGAAUCGUCCAGCUCUUGGAUCGAUGUUUUGGAUGAGCCAAUGAACUUCUCGGAUGAAGACGAGCCAGUUUCUGAACCCCAAAAGGAGGUUACUGUUGUCAAAAAGGUAUCCGAACCAGAACCCAUUGAGAAGGUGCCUGUUGUCGAUGAAACCAAGACGAUUACAACUGUAACCACCACCACAGUCACUACCGAAAAGGUCAGCGAGGUUCCAGUUCCUGAGGAAAUCAAAAAGCCAGCGGAACCUGAGAAGAAACCUGAGGAGCCCAAGAAACCAGCCUACGCCGGUCUGCCUGUUGACGAUUCGUCCAGCUCUUGGAUGGAUGUUUUGGAUGAGCCAAUGAACUUCUCGGAUGAAGACGAGCCAGUUUCUGAGCCCCAAAAGGAGGUUACUGUUGUCGAAAAGGUAUCCGAACCAGAACCCAUUGAGGAGGUGCCUGUUGUCGAUGAAACCAAGACGAUUACAACUGUAACCACCACCACAGUCACUACCGAAAAGGUCAGCGAGGUUCCAGUUCCUGAGGAAAUCAAAAAGCCAGCGGAACCUGAGAAGAAACCUGAGGAGCCCAAGAAACCAGCCUACGCCGGUCUGCCUGUUGACGAUUCGUCCAGCUCUUGGAUGGAUGUUUUGGAUGAGCCAAUGAACUUCUCGGACGAAGAUGAGGAAGCUUCUGAAACAACUGUAACCACAACUACAGUCACUACUGAAACGAUCAGCGAGGUACCAUCUACAACUCCUUUGGCACCGUUUAUAGAUACACCCGAACAAGUUGAAACGAUUCCUAUUCGUGAACCAGUGCAAACUGUGGUAGAAACUGUCGCCAUUGACGAUGGAAAAACGCCUCUUGCUCCGUUCCAGUCCCCCAUUCCAGAUGAUUCAUUCGUUUGUGAAACAUCCUACUGGUCUGCUACACUGAAGCCUGGGCAAAAAACAACCAUUACAACUGAGACAACAGACUUGGAGCCUAACAAACCUAUUACAGUUUCCAUUCCCAACGAACAAAUCGUAGAGGAAGUGUCUGUUCAGUCGCCUAUUGAUCAGCCAACAACAUGGUCAGCAAUUGUUCAAACGGAAGCAACUGUUUUCCCAGCAUCUGAAGAAGAGCAAAAACCUGUGUCACCUGCAUGGUCUACUGUUGUGGUAAGCCAAACCAAAGACUUCCAAACGCCCAAGCCCAUAAGCGAUGUGGUGGAGGAACAGAGCAAAACAACCACAACAACCUAUGUUACAACUACCGUAACUACCCACAAGGAUGCUCCCAUUGUGGAUGAUGAGCCUUCUGCCACAUCCUACGUAUCGACUGUGGUAACCAGCCACACAAGUGAUUUGAAAUUGGAUGGUGGAUCGUCGAAGGAUGCAGUCGUUGCAACAACAGUAACUGAGGUUUCUCAUCCAGAGCCCCUUGUGGACAAUCUUUACCUCGAAGGAUUCCAAUUGCACCCUCAGUACGACCUGCUGCAGGGACAAUAUCAACAAUUGCAGGUGGUAAGCAAUCAGCAGAAACAGGAAGAGCCGAUUUCAACCAAAAUAAGUGAAGAAGUAAACUCUAUUGAAGAUUAUGUGAUAAUUGAACCCGAAGCAAUUCCCCAAAUCAAUUCUGAAAUCCUUGCUGUCAAUUUAUAUCUUGACCAGCACAAUAUUUUGCCCAAAUCCUUAAUAGAUGUCGACUUGAUUAGUCAUUUGGUCUCACAACCAAUCGAUAAACUAUCUGAACUUGUUGUAGAAAAAGAACCUGUAGUUGAGGUAACCAAGGUAGAGAAAGUCGUAGAAGUAUCUCCUGAACCCAUUGCUAGUGAUAAGGCGCUUGAGGAAGAAUCCCCCAUUCUACUCGAAUCCCCUCCGGCUAAGUCAAGUGAUUUGCCCUGGCACCUCAGUCAAGACGAUUUCGUCAAUCUAAUCAAUCACUACAGGCAGGCGGCAGUCGAUGCCUAUGCAUUGCUGCCGAGGGAAUCCACUACUGACAGGACCAAAGCUCAGGAAACUCAAGACGAAAAGCAUAAGACUGACAUUACAGAAACUGUAGUGACCACCACGACGGCCACGAUUACGGAUCGCGUUGUUGAAAAGACUGAACCAGAAGCAUCGUCAUUACCAAUCAUUCCUACUGCCCAGCCAUUAGCAACACCAGCAGCCCCCACUGGCAAUCUAGAUGAGUUGCGCUUGAAUCUGUAUCUGGACGACUGGCAGUCGCCUAAGCUGGAUGCGGAUUUGGUCAACGAUUCGAUUGGUCUAGAGAAGCCUGCUGAUGCUCCUAUUAGCGAAGCGGAACCCGACAAAGACAAGAAGCAGCCUGAUGAUGCAACUGCAACUCCAGACAAGGACGACAAGGACAGCGACGACGACGAUGACGACGACGACGAUGAGGGAGAUAAGCCCACUGUGCCUGAGAUUCGAAAGCCAAACGACGACGACGAUAAACCGAACGACCGCGAUCCUGGUAGCGGUAGUAGUGGUAACGUGACCCCCACACCCGAACAAGAUGGUCAGUACGGUCAGAACCGUAGCUGCUCGUCGGAAUACAGGUCCACGGAUCUGCCGGGCGGUGUGGGUCAUUGGCGGGAUCAGAGUACUUAUCUGGCUUUAGAAGCCGAUCAGCAGCCUCAGGUUAAACUAGGAGAUGAAAAUGUAUCUGUACUAACCGAAACUAAAACCACAAGCCCCGUCCCUGAACCCGAACCCGAAUCAGUCCCUGAAACAAGCCCCAGUACUACCAGUACUAGUACACCCCUUAACGUUGCAAAUGCACUAAUCCAAUUGGCGAGCGCCACAACUCACACGCUGACCGCAAAGGCGAACGCAGCGGCGGCAGCAACACAGGCAGCAGCUCUGGUGGCAACCAGUGCCCUGUUGCCUGUUGCCACAGCCGUAGUCGAUAAGCUGACAACGACAACACCAGCGAAGGAUACACCAGUGGAGGCAGUCGCCGAAAAACCAGCAGCAACUGCAGCACCAGUUGCAAAACCGGAUGUUGCACCUGAAACAGCAACAUCGUACACCGAAACUACAACAACCACGAGCAGCAGCACGGAUGAGGCGGUCACGGAGGCCGCCACAUCGCAACCCGUGGACAGUGCGAGUGUGAUAAAACGCACCACCACUACAACCACAACCGUAACGACAACAACCACAAUAGAAACACCGUCUAGCACCACAACGACAACCACGACAACGUCAGGCAGCAGCAACGAUCUGCUAGAACAGCGCCAGAAGGACUCAUUCGCGCAAGAGCUCGACGAACUGCUACAAUCGCUCUCGAGCGUCGAGGAUGGCAUCGCUAACAUGAACCAGAGCAGCCUGGAGGGCAUGCUACAAGGACUAAAGCUAAUCCAGAGCAAUCUCCAAGUACACGAAAGGGACGCCCACCAGUUGAAGGAGCAGGCAAAGAACUUGCCCACGGAUCCGGCCACCGAACGUUUGCUCAACGAGACCUUGGACCGUAUCGACUUGCUCCUGCGACGCACCCAGCAAGGCAUCACCAUGAUAGCGAAUGCUAUGCAUGGCCAGAAGAAGCGCCAGGAGGAGAUCGACGAGUACCAGCAGCAUCUGCUAGAACUGGAACGCUGGAUCAUAGAGGUUUCGGCCGAGCUGGCCUCCUUUGAACCCACCUCGGACAGCAGUACCGACGAGCAGGUGCUCAAGUCGCAGGUGGAGCGCAGCCAGCAACUCUUGCGCACCCUCAAGGAUCGCCAGCAGUCCAUGGAGGAUUUGGUCGAGCAGACGCGCCAGCUACAGUCGCAUCCCGAUGUGGCCCCACUGGCCGACACCCUGAUGGAGCAACUGCAGAGUAUCAUUACCAUUCUGCGGGAACAGGUCACAGUGGCCACCAGGCGCAUCUUCACCAUUGAGAAACGCAUCGUAGACCUGCGCAAAGCCAAGUCCGAAGAGGCCCAACGACAACGAGUGCUGGCCGACUCCCUCAUCAAGCCACCUACCGAGGUUCAGCCGGAACAACCGCACGAGUCUAUCGAAUCCAACGAGGAGAACACCAUCGAUUCUAGUUCCAUGCCGGAGGAGGAGGUUAAGCCCACUGGAGUUUAUGUUGAGACCCAGACGUCGCUGAGCCUGCAACAGCCACCAGCUGCAGUCGUGGUAACUACCACCACCGUGGAGGCUCAGACGAGCUUCAAGGAACCGGCAGUGGAAACUGCUGAAGUGGCACUGCAGACCCAGAAGGAGCGAUCGCCCACCGAGAAUAUCAUGGUGACGCAAACGGUCCAGCAUGGCAAGGAAACGAUUCAGAUCGAUACCACUCGCAACCAGGAUAUACCUGACCAGCCGGAAGAUGUCCAGAUUGAGGCACGCUACCAUCAGAAACCACAUGGCGAUGUCGAUCGGGCCACCGAGUUGAUCCUAAAGAAUGUGCCUCAGGCAUUCGAGACCACCUUCGUGGAGCCGGAUGAAACUACCACCGAGGUGGUUGUGGGUCCCGACGGCACCAAGCACAUAGUCCUCAAGAAGGUGACCCGAACCCGGCAGCAGAUUGUGCAGCAGCAGCAGAUCAGCUCCAUUGAGACAAUCAGCGACUCGGAUGGAAAUAUCGAGGUGCACUCCACCGGCCAGAUCAACCUGGAGAAUGUGCAGACCACGGACACCAAGGCCGACCCCCAAGAGGGCAGUAUCCAGACUGUGAUUACGCAGCAAACCCGUGGGGCAGUAGUGGACUCCUCCCAGCCCGAAGGCGUUGUCCUGCAAGAGUUCGAAACCGAGCCGAUUGUUGAGACGUACGAGGAGGUAAUUGCCCCAGGUAGAUCGCAGCAGCAGCUUAUUCCUGCGGACGUUCAGACCCAAGGCAGCAUCCGAGCUGUGGUACAGCAGGUUACACGAAAGGUGAUUCGAAAGACACGCAAGAUCAUCAAGCGGGUGGUCAUCAUCGACGGCAAGGAGCACAUCACCGAGGAGGUGAUCGAGGAGCCCGAGGAGAUCGAAGUCACCGAAGAGGAAACAGCGCCACACAUCAACGUAAACAUUGUGCGCACGGUGAACGGAAAAGUGGUGACCGAGGAGGAGUUCCAGCGCAUGAUGCAAGAGCCCGGCGUGGUUAUCGAAGAAGUUGCCUCGGAUCUGUCCAAGCCAACCGCAGAGCCGCAGCAACAGGUAUUUGAUAUUGAGUCUACCCAAGGCACCACAAUCACCACACAAGAACAAGAACAAGUACUAGAACAGAAACAUCCAGAACAACAGACACCAACCGAAACGAUCAAAGAAGCACCCGUAGAGUUGCCAGCACCUCAAGUAGAUGUUGAACAACCCGUAGAAGUCGCCUCUACCAGUCCCGUUCCUGUUCCUGUUCCAACAGCGGUUCCUGUAACUGCAGCCAAAGAGUCCCCAACUCCAUCAACCACUUCCCCAGACAUCCUAGAUGAGCCGAAGGUGGUCGAGGACAUCCACGAAAUCUGGCCACUAGAACAUCAUCUGAAACCCACCAACAUUGACUUCUCCCAGCACCUCGAAGAACUAUCACCUGCACAAAUAAUCACCUCCGAAGAAACUGGACCUGCAUCUAUGCCGGUGGAGGAGAUUUGGCCGACUAGUCCAGAGACUGGCAACUCCUUGGCCCUGGAACAGUAUGAAUUCGAGCCACAAGCGCCCACCGAGCAGAUCGUUAAAUCGGAGAAGAAUGAGCCAGAGGAGGCUGAUGCAGUUAGCAUAGGCAGUAUUACCAUUAGCAAGACUAUCACCACCAUCACCAGCGCCGGAGAGCUAUCGAAGGAACCUGUUGUUGUGCAGGAUAUUCCAUCGGAGGCCUCUUUCACAAAUAAGACUGAAUUGCAGAGCUUCUUGGAAGCCGAACAAAAUCUGGCUGCCACUUUGAAGGAACAAUCUUCACCGAUUUCCGAAAGCAAGGAGCCUGAGGUGAAAGAGAAACCUGUACCAAUUGAGGAAGUGAAGGAAUCUUCACCACAACAGACGGUUGAAGAAAUUGUAACCGUUGCAACGACUGAACAGAAACCUGUAGACCCUGUUUUCGAGAAGGAUCCAGCUCCCAGUCAGAUCGACCUGCGCGCGGCUACUCAGCUAUUCAUCUCUGGUGAAGCAGCUGCGUCCACGGCUCCCCAGAAAUCCUUCCAGAUCACCGCUCCUUCUCUCGAGGACAAUGGCGAUGGUGUUUUGAAGGUUAUCUUGGGCAAAGAAACCACCACGGAGGACGACUCCACGGCACCAACUACCGGCAAGGUUAGCAUGACCAUCAUUGAGACCGCUGCGGCGCCAGCCGCCGACGCCAAGCGGCGUCGAAAGAAAAAGAAGAGAAGAAAUACAAAAUCCGAAGGGGAACCAGAAUUAGAACAAGAAGCCAUUAAAGAGCCCGAGGUAUCGCCAGAGUCAGAGGACUCUCACCAAGAUCCUGUGCGCCAUGAAUCCGUUGUGGAGAUCAGUGCUGAAAGCGAUUUGUCCAGCAUUGAAGUGGAACCAAAGGUCAAGGUGGUGGAAGACGCCAUCGUUUCGCCACCCUCGGAAUCGCCCAGGGCCCCGAUGGUCGAGUUGGUGAUUCCCACAGAAGUUGUGGAAUUGUCCAUUGUGGAGGAUGAGGAACAGCAAACCACUCCACGCGUUCCCUCCCCCACUGAAGCCCCCGAACCGGUGGAGCAGGACAUCAAGUCCGUGCAGACAUCGCCGCAACAUCAGCCCAAACUGGAUGAGAUUGCUGUGCAGACUAGCAUAGAUGUCCAUCCGGACAACCAGGAGAAUGAAUCGCAGACUUUGAUUGUGGAAAUUACAGAGACCGAAGCUCAAACCACUCCCAGGAGCGAAGAGAAGCCAGCUGCCGUCGAGGUGUCCACCACGGAAAUUCAAACCGAUGUCAGUGGCCAACCUGCUGAUACCGUGGAGAUUUCCAGCCAAACAACGGUGACCACCACCAUUGAGAAGGAACUGCAAACCACGCCCAAGGAAUCUCCUCGUGCCCCUGAGCCUGGCAGCAGCGAUGUGGUGCAAUUUUUGGUUCAUGAUCUGGUUAAGGACAUGACUACUGAUCUGCCAGUAGCCACUACGGAGCAAUCGACAGUGACCGAGAUCACCACAACCACUGAGACUCAUGCCCAGACAACUACUCCCGAGCCAAGGGAACAAGUUGAAAGUAUUAGGCCAGAAACUGCCAACGAGGAGACAUCCACAGAGGAGCUGGUGCAAGUGACUGAUGGCGAGAUGCAGACCACGCCUCGUGGAGAUCAGCAGCCCGCAUCCCUGGACGAUAACUCUCUGACCGCCACGUCGAUCUCCAUCUCGGAACCCUACGAACUGGAAGUGAAGACCACGGUGGCCAUUCCAGCGGACUCCGAUACUUCGGUCGCUGAGCCCACGGUCUACGAAUACACACAGACCAUGCAGUUGCCCAAGCAGGACAAGAAAAAAUCCAAGAAGGACAAAAAGAAGCAGAAGGAAGCUCAAAAGGAAGUGGAGGAGCCGCAGCAGCGCCCAGAAGAGCCGCAAAUCAGUGUCACGGUAGAAAUAGCACCCGAGUUGCUCUCCGAAUCGGGUAUUGUGGUGUCCACCAAUCAGGAAAUCGAAGAGAUCGAAGAUGUACCUCAUGUCGCACCUGUAGUGGAGGCUUCAAUUGUGCCAGAAGAUGCAGAGUCGCCCAAGACACAGAAAGUACAGCUUCAGAUCACCAAGACCACCGUCUACGAAGAGUUCCCCAACCUGCCAGUGCACAUCACGGAGCAGAACAAGGUCCUGAUUGCUUCCCAGCAAAGCAAACGAUCGGGAGCCGGACCCAAUUCUUCGGCGGUGACCAUUGAAGAGGUGGCAUCUCCUACUGAGGAGCUGGUGGUUCCCAUUACGCCUGGUCCCGACAAUAUCACCGACGAGCCCAGCAAUGUAUGGUUCAGUGCUACGACCAGUGUGGACAAGACGCCCAUUGAGCUCACCCAGGCCCUGAUCAUGAGUGAAAGCCUUCAGCACUAUCCAGGACAGCAAAAGCAACAGAAGCCGCAGCAACAGCCCAUCCUUGAAUCCGCAAAGGAGGUCAUUGGCGAUCGCAUCAAGAACCUAAAGCAAGCGUCGCCACAGCAAUCCACGCCUUUGAGCAAUGUGCUCCACUUGGCGACACUGUCGGAGCAGAUCAAGGAUGUGCCCACGGAACAGCGUCUUCUUGAGGUCAACGAGGGCCUCCAAGACCUGGAUGCUGCCAUCAAAACCGGUGACAAGACCGUCAUCCAAACCACUGUAAUCACCGUCAUCGAGAAGGUUUCUACUUGGCUGGAGACGAUCGAGUAUCGUGUGUACCUCAUCCGCCAGAACUCCAACGAAGGACCCUCCGAAGAGAAGCUGGACAACUAUAACCAGCUCAACGAGGAGCUCAGCGCCAUCAAGCAUAAUGUUGGCCAGUUGGAGCGUCAGUUGUCCAAUGCAGAGCCAGAGCUGCUCCAGUGUGUGGACUCUCUGAAGGAACACGUGGACGCGGUGGAACAAGUGACGCAGCAGAACCAAGUGCAAGAUAGCAAUGAUCUGGACAAGUGGCACAGCUUUGAGGUGCUUUUGUACAACGUGUCCUCGGUUCUGUCGCAGCUCCAGCAGCGAUACGAUAACCUGACCAACCAGGACUAUCCCCUGUCCGUCAAACUGGCGCUGCUGGAUGAGUUGGAGCAACAGCACGAGGCGGCCCAAAAGGAACUGGCUCAACUCAGCCAGAACGCUCGCGCCUUCCAGAGGGACUUCCCGGGCAAGAAGAUGCCCCAGGACGUACACAAUGCCUUUGAAACCAGCAAGAAUAUUGCCAACAAUAUCCAGGCUGAGAGGGAGCGCGUCCUGCAACUACAAUCUCUGGCCGAGGAGUACGAGCAGACCCUCAAGGAGUUCACUAACAUCACCGUACUGGCAGAUAAGCUUGUUGAGAGCCCUAUAGUUUCCAGUUCCCUGGAGCAGCUGAACAACGAGGUUCAGAAACAGCGCAAGUUCUUUGUGAACUUAAGCCACUGCCGUGCCAUGUUGGAAUCCCUGGAGGAGAACAUCGACAGCGAGACUCGCGAGAAGCACUCGGAACUGCACAAGGAGCUGUACAACAGAGCCACAAUCCUGUUGGAUAAGGCAUCGGAACGAUCCUCGAAACUUGUUCAGGCUGCCUCUCGUUGGACGGUUCUGGAGAAGGGCAUGCGCGAUGAGCUGCAGUGGCUCCAAGUCGCCCAGCAGAGAGUGCCCGAUCUAUCGGCCGUGACUUCGGCGGACUACGACCAGUACACCACGCUCUACCAAUCUCUGAGCAACGACAUCUCCCACCACUACGUGAAGAUGACCCAGCUGUCGGGAAUUGCCAACAAAUUGCAGCAGCUCGUCCAAGCCCCCAAUCUCGUCGAGGAAACUAACGAGGCAUUGAUCGUGCUCCUGAAACUGCGCGAAGAGGUGGCUCUGUAUCUGCACCGCCUGCUGGUCUUCAAGGAGAUCUGGGUCCAGUACGAGCAGCAGACCGACAAGCUGGAGGCGUUCGUCCGCGAAGCGGAGCAGGAACUCCGGCAAAUCCAGAUUCCGGCCCAGCCCACCCAGCAGCCCAUCGAGCAUAUGCGUCAGUUCUGGGAGAUCAAGGCCCGGUUCGAGCUCCACAACAAUGUGCGAACCGAGGCUGGUCAUAACUUCGAGAAAUCCUUGCAGGUCAUCCCACUAGCCGACGAGAUGCUCCAGCGACAAUUCCAUGCCCAACUGGAGGACCGCUGGCAGGCCGUGGCCCAGGCCAUUGAGCUCAUCCAGCACAACAUUGUGGAGUCCCUGUCAUCGGAGGACGUGCCUGCCGACGAGAAACUCAAGUUGGUGGAGCGAGAGCUGCAGGAGAUCUACCUGACCAUGACCAGUAUGAAGGGUGUGAUCAAGAACGAGGAGGAACUCUGCCUUUACAUCGAGCGCGUCCAAGUCCUGCGCACUCGCGUUGGAUUCAUUGGCAAUGAGCUGGGCAGGAUUGGCCUGCAAGAGCCGGCAGUGGAACCAGAAAAGGUGGGCGAGCUAUUCGCCCUCUCGCACAAGAUCAGCACCCAGAUAGCCGAAGAGCUGGAGGGUGCCUCCGUGCUGCGGGAUCAACUGCAAGCCAUCCAGGAGGGAAUCAGCAACCAGCGCAAGCAUCAAGCCAAGAUCUCUGUCAUCCUUGAUGAGUGUGAGGCCGCCGAGAGGCAGGGAGCCGAUGUUCUCGAAAAGGCCGUCGCCGACUGCCAGAAUGUUGGCGAAGAGUUGGUGACCAGCUGGCAGGAGAUCAUGCGCAUCCGCCAGAUGCUGCACACCCUGCCCAUGCGCCUCAAGAUGUCUGUGUCGCCGGUUAAGCUGGAACGGGACAUCUCGCAGCUGCAAGACGACCAUGCCUUCCUCGAGAGCAAGUGCACCAACAUAAUGGGCAUUCUGCGAAACCGAUUGGCCAUGUGGCUGCGCUACGAGCGCCAACUGGAGCUGGUCCAUGGCUCCGUCCAGGAAACCGACUUCAUGAUGGAGCUGAUCCGCGUCCAUGGCCAGGUCGACUACGAGCGCCUGCGGAAGGCCACCGAGCGAUUGGAGGGACUGGCCGGCGAUCUGCAGAACCGCGAACAACUGAUAGACGAACUGAAGGGAGCUGCCAAACCCCUCAUCGAGAGCUGUGAUGUCCAGAUUGUGGAGCAGAUCGAGUCGGCGGUCCAGGAGGCGGUAGUGGCCUGGAACGAUACCAGCGACAACCUCCAGCAGCUCCGCACCCGCUACCAGAGAGCCGUUGAACUGUGGGACAAGUACCGCAACGCAUCCGCGGCCGUAAAGAGUUCAAUUGACCAGCAAAUGGACACCGUGAAGUCCUUGGAGCAGCCCUUGGAUACCCUGCAACAUGCCAAGGCCUGCCAAGACAACCUGAACAACCAGAAUGACCGAAUCUUGGAGCUGCGCGACAUUGUGGCCAAGAUCGCCGCCGAUGUCGGCCUGGAUGCCUCCGCCCUGAUGCAGGGCGAACUGGACGCUCUGGGCCAGAGGUUGGCCGAGUGCAAAGAGGCCAUCACAACAUUGGCCAACGUGGCCGAAUCACAGGACAAGGAGCGCAAGGAGCUCGACAAAGAGGUGACUCUGGCCAAGGCGUACUUCAACAAUGUGCAGCAGGACAUUUCACGAGAACCGCCACAAAAUCCCAGAGAGAGCGAGGAGCAGUUGGUCGCCCUGCGAGCCCAUCUCCAGACCUUGGCCCGCACGGAGGAGCAGCUGCGUCAGCUGAAGGAGCGCCAGCAAAACAACGAGGUGGCACCUUCAGUGACCGGACCCGAUGACGAUGGCAUCCUCGAGGUUUUGGCCCUGUGGCAGAAAAUCUUCCAGGACACCUUCCAGGAGUACCAUCGCCUGUCUACGCGCCUCGCCCGCAGCCAGAACAGCUCGGAGGCGUUGCGCCUGUGGCGCCAGUACCUGCAGCACGUCCAGUCGUUCCUGUCCUGCGCCAUACCCGAGGACUACGGCAGCCUGCGGGAGCAGCAGCAGCUGUGUGCCAUUCACCAGAACCUGCUGAUUUCGCAGCAGAGCGUGCUUUCGGAGAUGCCACUGGAAUCGGAGGUAUCCGAGCAAUACAAGGCACUGACCAAUCUGCACAACGAGACUCUCUCGCGGAUCAUGCAGCGAAAUGGUGAGCUGGAGCGCCGGGUGAGUGGCUGGAAUGCCUAUCGCCAGCAGUUGGCCGCCCUAUUGGAUUGGCUGCGCCAGCGGGAAGCGGAGCGAAAUGCCCUUCAGCUAAGAUACAUUCACCUGAAGCGAGUGCCCCACCUGAAGAACCGCCUGGACGCCAUGCUUCAGCAACUGGACCAGGGCGAACAGCAGAGCAAGGCCCUGCAGGAUCAGCAACAGGAGCUAUCCCGUCACUGCGACGAUGCCCUGGCCACCGCCAUGCGCAUGGAGCAGGCCAGCAUUGGUCAGCGGAUCGGAAACCUUCGGGCCGCACUGAAGACCUGGCAAGGAUUCCUGCAGCGCAUCACCCAGCUAUCGGAAAGCUAUGAGCAGCGUGUGCAGCAGUUGCAGAAGGAAUUCGGAGCAGCUCAGCAGCUUUUGGAGGCCAACAGCAUCGAAUCCCUGCCCACUCAGCCGGCGGCCAUUGAACAGCUAUUGGGAGCCCUGCGAUCCCAGCGCGUCCAGCUGGGUGCCCAAGUGCCCGCCCUUGAGGGACUCACUGUCACCCAGGAGGAGCUUAAGGAGUGCAUCAGCCCGCACGACAUGAAGACCAUUCGCCAGCGCAACUGGCUGCUCUGGCAGCAGCACGCUGAUCUAGACUACCAACUGGCCAACCUGAUCAACUCGAUCGAGGAGCGGCUGUCCCUGCUUUCCAACUACCAGAUCAGAUUCGAACGCAUCUCCCAUUGGCUGGUGCGUUUGGAACAGCGGGUGGAGAAGGACGCGGAUGUGGCGGCCAUGGCCAAUCCGGAACAGGCGGCCAAGCAGCUAGAGCAGCAAAUAAACUCCGAGCUGCAGCUGCGAGACAAGGAGCGUGAGUGGAUUCUGUCCACCGGACGGGAACUGCUUACCCUCUACUCUGAGCCGGAAGUUCGGUCUCAGGUGCAACAGCAGAGCGAUAACCUCAUCGACCGCUGGCAGCGCCUGAAGUACCUGUGCAAGCAGAGGGCCACCAAGAUCGGGGAACUGAAGAUGACGCUACUCCGGCUGGAGGAGCGGAUAGCCCUGAUUCGCGCCUGGCUCUUCGAGGUAGAGUCUCAGCUAGACAAGUCCCUUAGCUUCGAGAGCUACACCCCCAAUGUGAUAGAGGCCAAGCUGAAGGAGCACGAGCAAAUCCAGCGUUCCAUUGAACACCACAGCAGCAACGUGGGCGAGGUGCUGAAUCUCGUCGAGAUGCUGUUGAACGAUGCGGACAGCUGGCGUACCCAGGUGAACACGUCCGGGCUGGCUAUCUCCGCCCAGAACCUCGAGCAGCGCUGGAAGAACGUGUGCAACCAGUCAGCGGAGCGCAAGCAGCGCAUCCUGACCAUCUGGAACCUGUUGCAGCAGCUGAUCAAGCUAACAGCCGAGCACAAGAACUGGCUGGGCAAGCAGGAGAGCCAACUGACUGGCUUCGAAAGAGACCAGAAAUCCAACAGCAAGCACAAGCUGGAGGAGCGCCAGAAGGAGCUCAAGGCCAAGCUGGAGGAGCUAGAAAGCCAGUCUGUGAAUCUCCGCCAGCUGGAGCAGAUUUAUGCCAAACUGACGAUGAGUGCCGGCGUGGAGCCGGAGAACAUCCAGAAGCUGACACUGCCCACAAAGGUGAUGGUGAGCAUGUGGCGUCAGCUGAUACCACGCUGCCAAGCCCUUCUGGAUGCCAUCGACAAGGAUGCGAAAAUUUUGCGAGAAUUCAACAAUGCCCAGUUGGAGGCCACCAGCUCACUGACCGCCAUUCAAAAGGCCCUCGAGCAGCUGCCUAGCCUGGAGGAUCAACAGAGCUCCAAGGCGGACCCGAAAGUGGUUAUUCAGCGUUUGGAGAGCCUGGAGAAGAAACUACAGGAUGCCCAACAACAUGUCCAGCAAGCCGAUAACCUGUCACAGGAGGCCAAGUCCCGGACGAAGCAGCAGCCGCAACUGAAGCAACUCCUAGAACUAAUCACCGCCUACACCACUCUCUGGCAGACAGUUCAGACGAGGAUAGUUACCCUCAAGACCAGUUGGCUGACUCGGGCGGCCCAGGCAGCCGCCGCAGCUGCUGUUCCCGUGACGGAAGCCGCCAACGCCGCCAUCCAAGUGAACACCCUGUCCCAAAGGAAGAUGCGUCAGACGCAACAAAUGCAACGUGAAACCUCCAUCACCGCCAAGGAUGCCUACAUCAUGGAACUACAGACGGCCAUCACCGAGUGCCAGGCCAAUCUCGACGAGCUGCAGCGCACGGUGGCGGACAAGACCCGCAAGCCGGGUCCCCAGAAGAUCGCAAAGUUGCUGGGCAACGCCCAGUCCUCCACCGAGUUGGUGAAGCAUCUGAGCCAACUGCUGCUCACCGAGUGCCAGGCCGAUAACCAGGCUGCCCAGGUGGAAACCGUUGCAGAGCUCACGUUGCGCUUUGACACACUGCAGUCGCAGUGGAAGGCGCGACAGCAGCACGAUCAGAAUGCAAGGUGCCACCUACCUCCUUCCUACAAGUACAACUGCAUACACGAGGUCGGCCGGCUAACGUGUCCGCUCUGCACGCAGCGUAAUUGGCAGCAGAUCGACAACGAUCUGUGGCGCCUUGAACAGUGGCUGCAGUUCGCCGAGAGCACCCAGAAAGCCCAGACAUCUCCCCCCUCCAACAUCGAGCUUCUCGAGGAUGUCACCCAGGACCAUCGUGAGUUCCUGCUGGAUCUCGAGAGUCACAAGUCGAUCAUCUCAUCCCUGAACGUGGUCGGUGACCAUCUGGCCACCCAUACUCUGGACACCGAAAAGGCGCGACAAUUGCGAUCCCGUCUAGAGGCUGACAACGAGCGCUGGAACAAUGUCUGCAUCAAUGCCACGAAGUGGCAAGGACUGCUGCAAACCGCCCUGAUGGGCAACAGCGAGUUCCACCAGACCAUCGAUGAGCUGGUGGACUGGCUGCAGCGAACCGAGCAGAACAUCAAGGCUUCGGAGCCCGUAGACCUCACUGAGGAGCGUUCGGUCCUGGAGGCCAAAUUCAAGAAAUUCAAGGACCUGCGUGCCGAGCUCGAAAGAUGCGAACCCCGUGUAGUGAGUCUGCAAGAUGCGGCUGAUCAGCUGCUGCGAGCUGUUGAAGGCUCCGAGGAGCAGUCCCAGCACACAUACGAGAGAACCCUUUCCAGGUUGACCGAUCUCCGGCUGCGUCUGCAAUCCCUGCGCCGUCUCUCUGGAAUCUAUAUCGUCAAACUGGGCGCCGUCCUCGGCUAUGAGGGCGAUAACCUUGGCGUGCCCCUACACCUGUUGUCUAGUGAGCUUUUGGAUAAUACUACAUUAUCAACCUCUUCUAUGCAGGCCGCCGCACCCAACACUGAAAAUGCAAACAACACCGAUGGCGAUGCUGUCGAUGGCGAUGUCAUCAAUACCACGGUUCUGGCACGCGGUGCUCGCUUCCUAGGCCGCGUUGCCCGUGCCUCCCUGCCCAUUCAGGCUCUCAUGCUGCUGCUUUUAGGUGUGGCCACUCUGGUGCCCCACGGUGAGGACUACACCUGCAUGUUCUCGAACACCUUCGCCCGCAGUCUAGAGCCGAUGUUGUCGUACCCCCACGGACCUCCGCCAACCUAAAUUACCCACUAAAAGUAUCCAAAAAUAAUGCCCAAACAAAUACCCAUGCUGUCGAGUUGCCGUUGGAUUAGUGCAUUGAGUAAAUCAAGAUCAAAGUCAAGAAACCUAAUAAGAAUACCUAACUGUAGCGUAGUGUGAGAAGAAAUACCUUAAUUUCAAAUGCCUUUUGUAUGCUAAAUUCCUGUAAAAACCUUCGCACCCUAGUGCGUUUGGAAAAAGAUUUAUAAAUGAAUUAAAAUCGUUGUAAAUUUGUAGUUGUAUGUAAUUUUAUAGAGAUUUGAUAGCUAGAGGCAUUGAUACAAGAAGAAAACCCCAAAAAAUUUGUAUAUAACCUACUGACAAGACUCGACGAGCCGAACAUGAAACACUACAAAAAAAUAUAUGAAGAUCAAUAACCAUGUAUGCAAAACUAACGACAAGUAACGAAACCCUUUUGUAAAACGACAUAUACAUUAUACAUAUAUAUUUGCACAGCAAACAAUUUAUAUAAUCAUAUAUACCCACGUAUAUGAUCAAAAAAAAAAAAAACAAAAAAACAUAUAGAACCCAACAUUUUGUAUAUAAUGAAAAAAUUAAGCUAAUACGAAAUCAAAGUACGCACACGAAAAUUUAACUCAUAACCGCACGUUUCCCUUCAAAAAGAGGAAUUGCAGCAUGGGAUUGUGUUCGGAGUCUUGCAAAUUUCGUGGAACAUUUUUGCAGGGCUUGAAUACAAAUUCCUGCUGCCAUCAAUUGGCUAGGGACGCGAACAAAACGCAAGACAAAUCAUGACCCACAUAGACCAAAUGCCUGGAGACCUAUUGGCUAACCAAUGACAGCUACUGGCUGCUCGCCUUUCUCCCAAUUUCAAGGCGAUGCAGAUCGUAAAAGCCAUUGCUUAACUUUUAGACUCUGGCCCUUUAAGCUACCACUGCCAAGGGAUAUAUCCUUCCCUGGCCAAGCUCUCUCCCACGGCCAGGAGGAGGGAAAAUAACCAUCAAGUGCACCCGCCACAGGUCACUAUGAAAUCCGAUCGAUCCUAAAACACCAACAUGGCAGCGGUGGCUAGACAUUUCAAGCAUUCCUGAGACUCAUUUCCAAAUUACCCAUAGACAUUGACCCGUCCUAGCCAUUGGUGUCAAAUCCUCCCCAGAAACAGGGAGCGUGCGGGCCACGAGCAUUGAACAAAACGAAGCAAGUGUCCUAUGCCGGUGCUAAACCAACCAACAAAUUUUCUAUAUAAAGAAAAAAUGUAAAAUGCGUAUACAAAAAUGAAAUUAAUAUUAUAAAACAUAAAGAAAAACUCUUGAAAAAAAUCGAAAAAAUGCAAUCUGCCAAUAGAAAAGUGGCUAAAGUCCAUCCAGUAAUGAAACCCAUUUUGUUGUUAAUAUUUUUUGAUAAUCCUAAUUGUAUUUGCCUUAUACUUAUCCAACUUGUUUAUUAAUACUAUUUUUUAUUAUUUAACGCUUGAGCAAUUAUUGAGAAAAUACAUACAUUUAUUUAUUAGCCCUAUGCGAUUUAUUACCUAUCUAAUUAAGUUUGAUUUAAAUGUUAAAUUUGUGUAAUUUGCUGCUUCUAUCUGGUUAUAAAAAAUGAAACGUUAUCAAGUUUAUAUAAUUUAUCUAGCAUUUUAAGAUUUCCUUUCUUGUGAACAACUGUACCUUUAUAUGCAUUAUGAUUAUUAAAGAACAAUUUAAAAAUA